AUGUCCAACAGGAAUGUAAAUCCCAAAGGCGCAAGGCAGAAUAAUGGCAAACCCACAUUGCAGCACAGGUGGAUGUUUGAGCCGCACUUCUUGUUUUUAGUCAGACAGGAUCAUUUGGGUGGUGGCAACUGAUGCCAAGCAUUGUCCAGUGGAAGGAUGCAGGUAGAGGUUUCUGGGUCAUAGCCUGGCACCCAAAUUGCAGCUUUCAAACAGGAGCGGAAAGUACAGCUGAUUUGGGCAAUAGAUAUAGGACACAAUACAGAUUUUAACCUCUGGGGGAAACUCUGGAAAAGUGACUUGAAGUUUACAGCAUGUUACUCUUUGAAGGAGAACUACUUGGAAAUGAUUUACAGCUGGUAUUUAACUCCAAGUAGGCUUACUAAGAUGUGUAAGACUGAAUCAGACUAGUGCUGGAGAUGCAAAGAGGUGGAGGGAACGUACUUUCAUAUGUGGUGGACUUGUAAAAGGGCAAAAGAGUAUUGGGGAAAGAUCCAUAAUGAAUUGGGAAAGAAUGUUAAAAAGUACUUUCCCAAAAAAACCAGAGUCCUUUCCGUUGGGGAUAAUUCAGACUGAAAUUCCCAGGUGUCAGAAAAGGUUAUUUAUGUACGCUACUACUGUGGCCCUUGUUUUGUUAGCCCAGAAAUGGAAAACGAGCGAAGUUCCAACCAAAGAACUUACUGUUAUGUAUUGAAGUCCUCUCCCUGGCCACCAGGAGUAUCAUGUAUAUAGUUUUCACUCAGGUCCACAUCAGUUACUUUAGGCAGGAAACCCUGGGUUGUUGCUACAAUGUUGACAGCCGGCUGCCUAUAAAAGCAGGCCGGCUGAGCCAGUGUCGAAGCAAUGAUUCUUCAACAUCAACUUCAUUGGACUGGCCAUGUUGUGCAGAUGCCUGAUGAUCGUCUUCCAAAGCAACUACUCUAUUCCGAACUUAAAAAUGGAAAGCGUAAUGCUAUUGGUCAACAAAAGAGGCUUAAAGACUCUCAAGCCAAAUCUUAAAAAAAAAAGUGGUAUAAACACCAACGACUGGGAAACACUGGCCUGCGAACGCUCCAAUUGGAGAACAGCCUUUACCAAAGGUGUCAUGGGCUUUGAAGACGCUCGAACUCAGGAUGCAAGGGAGAAACGUGCUAAGAGGAAGGCAUGAUUGGCAAACCCUCACUGUGAUUAACUCCCGACCAGAAACCAAUGUCCCCACUGUGGAAGGACAUGUGGAUCCAGAAUUGGCCUCCACAGUCACUUACGGACUCCCUGUUAAGACUGUGUUCAUGGAAGACAAUCUUACUCGGCUAUGAGUGAUCGCAAAAGAAGAUGAUUGAUCAUCAAUGCACAAGUUCAGAGAAGUUUCUCCUGAUCUCGCUGCUUGAAGGUUCCUGAGGGAUUAGAGUGAAGUCAUGCAAGUGCUUCGUCACUGCUCUGCACUUUAUAUGAGAAGUUUGAGGAAAGCAGCGUCGUCUAGGGAGUUCACACAUUCACACAUUGGCAAUUAGCAGUUAUCUAUAAUUCAUCCUCACUCCUUCCUUUGGCAGAGGCUGGAAGCACUGCAGACGCAGAAUCCUGAGCCCCUUGGGAGCAGCAGGUGGAGGAGCAUUGAUGGACAACACACAUGCCAUAGAGAGAUGUGACAAUCUUUUCUGAGGUUAAAGGCUUCAGCGAGAGGUGCAGGUUUUAGGAGUUAAAGACGGAAUUGGGAUCCUCAGAAAUCCUUUCUUCCCCGAGAGCAAAAACACCAAAUGCCGCCCAUCGUUAACAGUGAGAUCCCAUGCAUGUUUACUCAGAAGUCAAAUCUACUUUGCUCAUUGGACUAACUCCCAGAUAAGUACUCUGCCGAUGGAUAGAAAGGGCAAUCCUAUACUAUACUUACCUGAGGGUAAGUCUCAUUGAACUCAUUGGUACUCACCCCUGGGCAGACAUGUAUAAGACUGUGCUCACAUUCAAAUUGUGAAUCUAUUUCGUUCCAUUAAUUUUGUUCCACUUGGGGAGCAAUCUGUGAAAAUUUGUUAAUAUCUGUUGCUAGAAAUUCAAUUUCCAACCGUGUGUGUGUGUGUGUGUGUGAGAGAGAGAGAGAGAGAGAGAGAGAGAGAGAGAGAGAGAGAGAGGUCACCCAGAUAAGCUUUUUCUACGAAAACUCUUAUGCUGAGUAAUUUAAUAUAAAUCAAAUUGCAAUAGCAGCUUGCUAGAAGGAAUGGGAAGUUGAUGUCACUGUUCUGUUCCAUCUUGUAAUCCCUUGAGAGCCAUUUCCAGCUGAUUUUCAGCCUGGCUUUUAGUUCAAAAAAAGGCAGCCUCUGUUGAGUCCAAAUCAGCUGGCAAACCCAUAAGCCAAGGCCAGCUCAGGCUGAUCCCCCAAUGUCAUCCUGAGUCAUGUUUAUAAUUUGGUGUUGAAUACUGUUUAAAAACUCCCUUCUCUGACUUAUGAAACAGGCAUCUCCUGCAGAACAGAAUACAGCAUCGAGCAUCACACAGAGAUCUGGUGUGCUAUUAUGAGAGAGAGGAAGGGAUCAUGUGAUCUCAACAGUACUUACAGGGCAGGGAGUAACUCAUUAAAAAUAUGUGCCAGAGACACAAGAGGCAUUGUUAAUAUCAGGAUGGGAAGCUGAGCGAGAUGAACUGGAAGUCCCCGCAUAAAUACAACACGGCCUUUAAACUUCAAUCAUGUGCUCCUGUUGAGGAGUACAUGCCACUCACUCUCUGAGAAUAAUACACCAAGAGAACAGUCUCUUUGGGGAAGAGCUUGUGGUUCAGUGAUAGAACAGGGGCCAAUUUGCAAGUGUUUGGCACCACUUUCGAGUGAAUUGGAUGACGUCAGAUUUUUGGCAAAAUCCUGACCCCUCCCGCAGGUUAGGGCAUUGAGGACUGGGUUUUUGGCCUUCUGUGAAAUGUGUUGUUUGCACCGCCGAACGUUGCAGAAGAGAAUUUGCAAGUGUUUGGCACCACUUUUGAGUGAAUUGGACGCCGUCAGAUUUUUGGCAAAAUCCUGACCCCCACGGGUUAGGGCGCUGGGGGCAGAUUUUGUGGGGCGCCGUGAAACGUAGUAUUGUCACCACCAAUCAUUGCAGAGGGCCUUUUCUGGGUGUUUGGUGCUGUUUUGAAGAGACGUCGGAUUUUUGGCAAAUCCCUGCCUCAUGAAUCGGUGCUCAUUUUAAGGCCUACUGUGAAAUGUAGAGUUUGCACCGCCAAAGGUUGUAGGGGACCAUUUGCAGGUGUUUGGCGCUGUUUUCUAGUGAAUUGGACAAUGUUGGAUUUUUGGCGAUAUCCUGACCCUGCGGGUUAGGGCACCAAGAACUGGGUUUUUUGCCUUCCGUAAAACAUGCUAUUUCCACUGCCAAACGUUUCAGGGGGCCCUUGUCAGCCUUUGACACCGCUUUCGAGUGAAUUGGACAGUGUUGGAUUUUUGGCAAAAACCUGACCCUGUGGCGAGGGCAAAUUUUGUGGGGUGGCGUGAAAGUCCCUGCUUCCAGUUGCCUCCCUCCUGAAGCUGCUUUUCCCUAGAAGAAGCAGCCAUUGGGGUUUUAUUGCAUGCAGUCAUAUUUAACUUGCUGGUUUGCUCUCCACAGACCUUGUAUCCAAGUAGUAGUAAUAGUAGCAGUAGCAGUAGCAGUAGUAAUUUAUUUAUACCCUGCCCAUCUGGCUGGGUUUCUGCUAAACAAGCUUAGGAUAGAACUACAUGGAGAUGGAAGGAAGAGACAGCCCCGACCAGAGUAGAAUGGCAAAUCCAGUUGAUGGACUAUGCCGAAAUGGCAAAACUAACUGGGAAGCUCAAGAAUCAAGAAAACAAGAAAUUUAAAAAAGAAUGGGAAAUGUUUAUAAUUUAUAUGCAAAAUUAUGGUAAAUAGGUUAAAACAUUAGCAGGAUUUUAAAUACAUUUGUAAUGUAACAGAAUGUAUAGAUAACUUAGGAAGAUGAAAAACUGGAGAUAUAUUUAUAUGUAGUUGUAAAUGGAAUGGACCCGUGGAAGGGAUGGGGGGGAAGUCAGAAGAUUCAGAGCAAUUUAGUACUAUUUUUUGAUGUAUGUUUAUUUUCUCUUUGUUUUUCUUUUUCUCUUUUUGAAAAUCAAAUAAAAAGAUUAUAAAAAAGGGAUGGAGCUACAUGCAGUAGCUCAUAUAUCAAGGGGCUAGUCAUUAUUUUUGCUCUUGACAAAUGCAAUGUUGUAAUUAAAUGGGACAGGUGACCAUUUCUAUCCUUGUACAAGGUAAUUAAAACAUUUGUUUGGAUGCAGACUUGGAUUGCACUUUGGGACUGUCACUAUUUAUCAGGUGAGAUCCAGUCACACCCUAGUAAAUUCAGCUUGCACAAUUAAAGCUGAUUUCAAGGUCUUGCGCAGCAAAACUGCUUCCCGGAAAGAUCGGAGUUUGAAUCACAGAGUUUUGAAUGCCUUGAAUCACAGGCUCUCUAAGAAGCAGAGGCUCCAGCCGGCAGGGGCGGGGCUUCCCGGGCGGGGCGGGGCCCCAGAGCACAGCCCCCACCUGCCACUGCUGGCCGGAUGGAGGCUCCCAGUUCUCGCUCGCUUGCAGUUGCUUCGUGCGGACGGAGCGGCGUAAUUCAGGGUACCGUAAUUCCCCGUCUCCUUUGCGCGCGCCGGCGGAAAAAGUUCCCCAGACCUCCGGCUCCUGGACGGCGGGACGUGGAGCUGGGAAAGCGCGCUCUGAGCAUCACUCGGGCAGGUUUGGCGGCAGAGGUAAGCGUCCCGAUCCUGCGCUUGAAAUAAGCAAGGAGGGCGACUUAAUCCCAGAGAAGCGAGCGCCGGGAGCGCAAGGCAAUUUUGCUCUUCUUGAAUUGAGUCGCCCUGAUGGAGAGGCGUCCGACGGGGCUCUUUCUCUCGGCCGAGGCUGCCCUUCGCCUCCUGCGAUUGCCAGGGAAGGCAGGCAGGGGGCAGGGAGAGGUGACGAUCGCGGCUCCAAGCUGCAGGGCGCGCUUACCUCUGGGGGUCAAGCGCUGCCGUGCCACCCCAUUCCUCGCUUGGGGUGCUCCGCUGCUUUCUAGGGGGCGUUCAGUAUCCCUACCCCUGGCGGAAAGUGGCAGGCGGCUCUCGCACCCUCCGCGACCCUCUGUCCGUCCUCUGCGAGGAUGGAUUGAAAUGGUGCGUUUUAACUUUUGCGAUCCGGCCACUCCCUGCCGAUCUGAAAUCGCUUCCUCCCUCCCGCCUCCUAAUGUCGCCGGAGAGUGAGUUUAAAGUAGGAUAGCCAGAUCGUAAGGCGCUUUGGUCAAAAAUAACGCAACCCCCCGCUCCGCCCAAUAUUUCUGUUGUGCUUUACUUCUGCCUUCCAUCAAGCAAGCCCCAAAUGGAGAUACUGCGCUUGGACUGUGGCCCCAUCCAAAACCUAGUGGCAUCAGCGCAGAGUAGUAGAUCACAUUGCUAGGAAGUCGAUCCAAUUGCAUUCGGGACUGCCGCGUUCCUAACCUAGCUUUGCUCCCAGCCUGGAACUCAGGGAGCGCCUUGGCGUUCUGCGUAAUGAUGCUGAGUUCAAUGCAACCUGCAAUUUUGCGCGUCUCCUUCAUGAUCUGCUUUGAAAACGCUAUUCUCGUGCUUCGUUUCUGUCGUUGUAACGCAGUAUCGAACCCCUCGCAAAAAGGAGGCGGGGAAAUCCUCAGGGUUAACUAAUAUGGGGUAUUGGAUCCUAUCCAUAUGAUCUUCCCAACGUCUCUUCUGGGUACACGCUAGGAAAUCGCUCUGAGGAUAAAUAGCUGCCUUCAUAUUGGAGACAUUUUGAGACAUCUUAUUAUUUAUUGACUUCAUAUACCGCCUUAGAGGGGACGCAGGUGGCGCUGUGGGUUAAACCACUGAGCCUAGGACUUGCCGAUCAGAAGGUCGGUGGUUCGAAUCCCUACAACAGGGUGAGCUCCCGUUCCUCGGUCCCUGCUCCUGCCAACCUAGCAGUCCAAAAGCAUGUCAAGUGCAAGUAGAUAAAUAGGUACCACUCCGGCGGGAAGGUAAACAGCGUUUCCGUGCGCUGCUCUGGUUUGCCAGAAGCGGCUUAGUCAUGCUGGCCACAUGACCCGGAAGCUGUACGCCGGCUCACUCGGCCCAUAAAACAAGAUGAGCGCCACAACCCCAGAGUUGGCCAUAACUGGACCUAAUGGUCAGGGGUCCCUUUACCUUUACCUACCUCCCUAGACCCGGAGGUCUCAGGGCAGUUCACAGAAUAAAAUCAAAAUAUAAAAGCACAAAAUACAUAAUCAAAAUAAAAACAACAACCCAAUAACUCCCCCCUCCAAAAAAACAACAGCGAAAUAGUGUGAGAUAUUCAAGCCUCAAUAGACAGCCUCUGCAGAAAUGCCAUCACUCCAAAGCAGGUUGUUCUCUGCCAAAAAAUAUUUCCCACCAAGUAUUAAAUUGGGCUAAACACAUAAUGAACUGAGUAGCAAUAAUCUAGGCCAGGCUAUGUGCAUUUUACCCUCUCCUUUGGCUCCAGUGUGACACCACUGCCAGUGGUUGAAGCUCAGCACAUGUGGCGUGAGCCAACAUCCAUAGGUACUCUGCCGUUUUUUGAGAAAUACGUCUGGUUCACUUUCCCUUAAACCAGCUUCCAUCCAGUUUGAAAAUGGAAGCCGAAGUUAGGCCGAGGUGUGUACACUUCCAGCAGCCAUUGCACAUGCUCAAAUGACAGUGCCAGUGAAUAAUUGGAGGUCCGUGCAGGGGAAACAAGUCAGGUAAUGCAUAUCAGGUGAAGACACCCCCUGCCCUCUCUCUGGUCUGUACAGCAACUUUAAAAAAUGGCUUGAAAGGUAGCAGGACGGGGGAGGAAGCAACCUUGUUGCAUUUCAAGCUGCUACUGUGUUCAUAGACAAAGCAUGACCGACUGCUGAUGGUUUUCCACAGUCUUCAGUUGCUACCAGGUGACUGUCAACUGAGCAGUCCUCCCAGCUUGUUUCCAGGGAGAUGAGAUGACCGUGGCUAUUUAAUGACCAUUUGUUCCUAUUUGUUUGCAGGGAGGUUAGAUGAUGCUCAGUCAAAACAAGUGUUAUCCCACACAUUCCUUUCUGCAAAAAAAGUCUGAUAUUUUGGGGGAGCAGGUUUGUGUUGCAAGCACUGCCAAUCAACAAUAACUGCCCGGCCUGGAUUUUCUGCUUUGUGACUGAAUCCCACCCAAAAAUUAGACUGGAAGUGCCCACAGUUUGUGGGGAGGCCCUACAGCAGCAGCUGUUUGCUGGGCAGUCAUUCUGAUUUGUCUGCAAGGACAAUUGCAUCAAGCAACUGUGAACUCGUACUUUCAAGUGCAUUUCCCCAUCGCCUGCCACAAGGGGCAACUCAUUUGAUUUGGGGGGGGCUGUUGCAGAAAAGCACAAAAUCCCCUUUAACUUUGCAACCUUAAUUUGCAAAUCCCACCUGCAAAAUCUCCUGGAGAUACCCAGGAUUGAAGCUGAGACCUUCUGUAAGCAAAGUCCUUCCUUUAUAGAGCUCCUGCUACUCAGGACUUCUGUUAGGGUGGGCCUGGUGAAAAAGUAAACAGUGCUCCUGUACCUUUAAUAAGGUAAAGGGACCCCUGACCAUUAGGUCCAGUCGUGACCGACUCUGGGGUUGCAGCGCUCAUCUCGCUUUAUUGGCCGAGGGAGCCGGCGUACAGCUUCCAGGUCAUGUGGCCAGCAUGACUAAGCCGCUCUGGCGAACCAGAGCAGCGCACAGAAACGCCGUUUACCUUCCCGCCGGAGUGGUACCUACUUAUCUACUUGCACUUUGACGUGCUUUCAAACUGCUAGGUGGGCAGGAGCAGGGACCGGGCAACGGGAGCUCACCCCGUCACGGGGAUUCGAACCGCUGACCUUCUGAUCAGCAAGUCCUAGGCUCUGUGGUUUAACCCACAGCACCACCCGUGUCCCCGUACCUUUAAUAGCUGUGCCUAAAAGUUUACACAGCUAAUUAAAGGCACAAGGGACCUGUCUGGUUCCCCCCCCCUUCCAGCAGAUCAUGCUAGCUAGCUCCUUUUUAACUAUCCUGUGGAUGAGAGAAUUUUUGCAGAUUCAGACUGCUGUAAUGGAGAAAUGAGGAGAGCUACACCUGGCAGAACUCAAGGGAGCUAUACCUGGCACAACCCCUUCUAUACAGGGGUUAAAGGUGCACAGCAUCAUCCCAUUCUUGCAUCUAAAGUUCCAUGACCUCAGGACUGAACAGCUUGCAGAAAUAGCAAUCCAGGUGCAAAUUUGAAAGUACAACUUGGUUGCGAAUGCCUGGCUGUCAGCUGGGAACAAGAGCAUGAAAUAUUCACAGGCUAAUGAUCGCCCUUUCCACAAAGAAGCACAGAUCAGGCACGGCUUGGUUUUGUUUUUUAAAGUUUGGAUGUUUAGUAAAAGCAGGAUUUGACAUCCUGCCUGUUCGUUAGGUAGGCGUGUGCUUGGCAGUUGUUGGGCCAUUGUUUAGAUGUGCAUAUAUCUGGGCUGGGAGAAAGUUUGGCAUUAGUUCUAUAGUGCCACUAGCAAUGUGAAUUUAAAGCCCAGCAAAAGCAUUGCCAGCUUUUUUUUUCUUUUUCAUUUUAUUUGCUCUCCUCCCGUUUCUCUCCACUGCCACCUGCUAUUUUAUUUAUCUAAAAUACAAUUUAUUAAGGUUUAUAGAGAAAAACAUGAAACUUAAUAUCUUUUCCCUUUUUUAAACCAAACCAAGACUUUAUUUAGAUACAGUAAAAUCAUGAAGGGGGGAGGAGAAAUAGAGAAGGAAGAAUAUAUAUAUAUAUAUAUAUAUAUAUAUAUAUAUAUAUCUAUAUAUAUAUAUAUAUAUAUAUAGAAUAUAUAGAUAGAAAAAUUACUUACCGAAACUUACUGGAAGAAUAUGAAAUCAGGAUAACAAACUUUUUAUAAAAGAAUGGAAAUGGUUUAUUGAAUAUUUACAGAUAAAUUGCAAACAAAUAAAAACAUUGGCAGGAUUAUUGUAAAAACCUGCAGUUUCACAAGAGUAUAUAUUUAAAGUAGAUAAUUAAAUGAGCAAAUUAAAUCAAUUUGGAUAUGCAGAAGAUUUUUUUAAAAAAAUUAAGGAACUGCAGAAAGAUGGGGAAGGAAGUCAAACUUUGAAAUGUUAACAUGAUUGUAAAACUAAGGAAAUGUAUCAAUUUGAAAAGUAUAAAUAAAAACUUUGUUAAAAAGAUACAGUGGUACCUCUGGUUGCGAACGGGAUCUGUUCCGGAGGCCUGUUCACAACAUGAAAAGCCUGCAACUUGAAGCACUGUAUCUGUGUAGGUGUGGCGCAUGUGCACAUGCGCGAAGCGCGAUUUAGCGCUACUGCGCAUGAGCGAGCGGCGAAACCCGGAAGUAACCCUUUCCAGUAUUUCCAGGUCGCCGCGGGACGCAACCUGAAAAACUGUAACAUGAAGCAAACGUAACAUGAGGUAUGACUGUAAUUGUUAUGGGGGGAAAGGGGGGAAGAGAAAGAUGGAAAAAUAAAAUUGAAUUGGAUGAAGUGCAUAUUGUGUUUAAAUAGCAGACAGAUGAAGAAUUGGAAGUUCUUUACUUUUCUUCCCACCAUCUGACAUUUUAGAAGCUCGUCAGGUAAAGUUUUUCCUGACAUGGGUAUGGUGAUGGAGGAAAUUAUCACGCAUGCUAAGAGUGCCACAUCUCUGAGAGAAAUUAUGGCAAGGGGUGUGUACAUGCUUAUUUUCCUACAGAGAUGAACCCAUGGCACUCACACAGUAUAAUAAUUGUGCCUAUUGGACUAAUGACUCUCGCAAUGCAACUCAGUGGAAUUUAUUCAAAUAGAUUUUGGGAUAUCUGUAUAUUUCUGUAACAGAGAAGCAAGGUUGGGAUUUCCCCCAGGCACAAGGGCUAUUGCCAGUCUGGUGGGCUGCUCCUAUACAUAUUUAGUCUAAGGAAAAUCACACUGAGCUCUAGGGGACUUGCAUUCAAGAAAGUAUACACAGGACUGGAGCCAUAGUGAGUUAAAGUUACAGUACUGUUUAAAUUAUAGAUUUGGAAGUUGUUUUGUCCUGACAUGGUCUUCUUAGAUCUAGUUCAAAAUGGACUUUCCUCACUCGGUGACAGCAGCAGUAAGUGACAAGUUGCACGCCUUCACAGAUCAAAUCCUACAGAUUUCAUCAUGCAAACGAUUUCUGCCGAAAUACUUCAGGCCCUGUGCUUUUCAAGAUGAUCAAACAAACCACAGAUGAUGAAACAAUGGCUCGUUUCUCUAAAGUUCCUUUGUUUUCCAACUUCUCGUGCCUUGUCCUUUGGCACUUUGGCAAGCUUCUGGGGUCAAGUGGUCAAACAAAUCAUAGUUAAGGAAAAGUGUGUUGUUGUUGUUGUUGUUGUUGUUGUUGUUGUUUAUACCCUGCCCAUCUGGCUGGGUUUCUCCAGCCACUCUGGGCAGCUUCCAGCAUGCACAAUGCCAAGCUAUGCUUUAAACACGUGCAAUGUUCACGCACAGUGCCAAGCUAUGCCUUAAACAUAUCAAGGUUUGCAAGCCAGCAACAAACCAUGGCUUCAGAUCAUAGUUUGUUGACAGCAAACAAACUCUAGUUAAGCCGCUGGGCCAGGGUUCACAGAUAAUGCCAAUCAAUGGCUUAAUAAACCCUGGUUUAUCAUGUGCAAACCAGGCCACUGAAGGUUUGUUUAUUUAGCAAACUGUAUAUAUUUCUGGAUUGUAAAUUGAAACUCUUAAGUGGUUUAGAGGAAGCCAUGUACUUUCAAUGCGCACUGAUUGAACUUUAAAUGCAUGGUGUGGAUCUGCCUGCACUAUUCCCCUUCCUCCAUCCUAUUUGGCUUCAAAACCGUGGUCACCAGAAAACUAUGGCUUCUUUAAAAGAUCAGUUGUGGUGGAUGUGUUUCCUUUGAAGACAGUUCAUUACUUCCAUCCAAAGCAACAUGCUGCUGUAGGGAGGGGGGUACCAGGGGAUAUUGGGGGAGUCUUUAGGGAAGGGAUGGGGAGCCAGGAGCCCUCUAGGGGUUGGUGGAUAUGACUCCUCUUAUCCCUUGGUCUCUGGAGAGCUGCCCAUUCUCCAUCUCUGCCUGAGGGUGUGUUAUCAGUUCCUGUGGACAAGAAGAGUGAGGGUAAGAGCCUUGGCCAGCAUCCAAUUGGAACUGAAUGUACACCCUUGAACAGUUUCCCAGAACCCUUUGCACUGUGUGCGGAUUGCGUAACAAACAUGCAAGAAUUCCUUGGCACGCCAGCCAGUUGGAAGGGGUUCUCUGAAAAGCAGAAAGCUCGACAGCCACUUCUUAAUAGGACAUGUGGACAAAGAUUUCAUCCUCCAAAUGAAGGCCAGUGGGUGGGUUUGUUUGUUUUUGACAAAGUAAUAAUCAUAAAUGAAUAAGAAUAAAAAUGUGCACUCCACCCUCGAGACCAUUCCAUUGUAACAAUCCAACCUCCCAAAAUUUAAACACCUCUAGCUAUGGUUUGACCCCUUUCUGUUUUAACAGUACAAAUUCUACAAACACCCUCCAUAUCUCCUCAAAAUAAUUUCUCCUGCGUAUUCCCCUUCUUACUUUAAUGGUGCAUGUUAAUUUAUCGUUAAUAGCUAUAUCCCACACCUCUUUAUACCAUUCUUCCACUUUAUAUUCCACUUGCCCCUUCCACUUCCUGGCUAAAAUAAUUUGUGCAACUGUCAAUAAAUUUGUGAGCAAGUCCUUCAUAGCCUGCGAACCUUCCACCCCUUCGUCAAUUGAUAAUAAUGUUACCUCUGGACUUUCAGUCGGCUUUAACCCGGUGGUUUCUGUUACCUCCUUAAGCACCCUUUGCCAAAAAAUUUGUACAUAUUUGCACCCCCACCACAUGUGAACGUAAUUCCCUGUUUCCUGGCAUCCCCUCCAACGUAACACCGAAUAUUCCUUGUUUAUUUGAUUUCAUCUGACUGGUGUUAAAGAAGGCCAGUUUUUAAUCAUGUGGGUCUCUUGCCCUUUGUCCAAGCAGCUUGGGGCAGUGGGCACGGGGAAGGUUCUUAGCUCUGUGGAGGAUGCCAGGUUUGCAUGCUGAAAAUGCCAGGUUGAUCCUCAUUAGCUCUAUAGGUAAGACUGGGAGCAUCCCCAAUCUGAAACCCUGAGAGGUGCUGGCAAUCGGUGUUGUCAGUACAGUGGCACCUUCAUUCUCAAACUUGAUCCGUUCUGGAAGUCCAUUCCAAAACCAAAGCGUUCCAAAACCAAGGUGCACUUUCCCAUAGAAAGUAAUGCAAAACGGAUUAAUCCAUUCCAGACUUUUAAAAACAACCCCUGAAACAGCAAUUUAACAUGAAUUUUACUAUCUAACGAGACCACUGAUCCAUAAAAUGAAAGCAAUAAACCAUGUACUGCAGUCACACAAUCUAUCUAUCAAUCAGUAGCUGAACUGCGUUCCACACAGUCACAAAAACAAAACAAAAAAGAGCCGCAAAAACACAAAAUAGAUUGCACUCAGAUUGGAAGUGUGGCACUCAAAACGGAAGUGUUACUCUGAAAUUGAAGUGUAUCACUCAAAACGGGGCACAUUUGGCUUCCAAAAAGGGUUCGCAAACCGAACACUUACUUCCGGGUUUGCAGUGUUUGGGUUCCAAGUUGUUUGAGUACCAAGGCAUUUGAGAACCAAGGUACCACUUUAUAGAUGGAACAGUGGUUUGGCUCAAGGCUGCUUUGUGUGUUGCUAUCCUCUCAACAGCCUUGUGAGUUACGAUAGGCAGACAAAUAGUGAUUGUCUCUAAGUGUUGGGUUCAUGUCUGAGCAGCGACUUGAGCUGAGGUCUCUCGAGUCCACCUUCAAUGCAUCGCAUCACGUUAACUCAUUCAUUGGUUGAGCAUUGCUCCUAUAUUAGAGGUAAAUCUAAGUAAACUAUCCUUAUUGGGGUAAAGAUGCUCUGUUCCGUUGAGCUAAACUAAAGAGUAAAUCCCCACUAAGUUUUCCCCUUUUACUGCUAGAAUCUCCUGGCUUUUUAAAAUAUAUACUUUAUUAAAGAUUUCUCAGUUUAUAAAAGUAUGUGCAAUGUCUCUUUUUUCAAGUUGUGUUUUUGACCGAUCAGUUUUGUUUGUUGUGAGACAUUAGUAUUACAUUAGGAAGAAAAGGGGGAAAGAGGUAGGGGGAUGGUGAGGGGUGUGUGGAGUGGCGAUGCUUCUAUUUUUCUGCUUAGUGUAUGUGUGGGGUUUUGUGUCAGUGUCACUUUUGUGGGUUCUCUUUACUAUUUGCUUGUAUUUCUUUGGUGGUGAGAGAAGUUGGGGGUGGCCUAGGGGGUGGUUGGUUGUCUUUGAUUGGCUGUAAUGAAAUUUGUUUUCGUGUGUGAGUGGGGUGUGGGUGUGUGUUUUGGAUCAGGUUAGCCAUACAGUGGUACCUCACGUUACAGACGCUUCAGGUUACAGACGCUUCAGGUUACAGACUCCACUAACCCAGAAAUAGUACCUCAGGUUAAGAACUUUGCUUCAGGAUGAGAACAGAAAUCGUGUGGCGGCAGCAGGAGGCCCCAUUAGCUAAAGUCACACCUCAGGUUAAGAACAGUUUCAGGUUAAGAACGGACCUCCAGAACGAAUUAAGUUCUUAACCUGAGGUACCACUGUAUUGAUCUGUGUGCUGUUGGAGGAUGCUUGUUGUUUAGUUGGGCUGUGUAUGUGAUAAAGGGUAACCAUAUCGGGGUGAAGGCGUCUUCUAUUUGUUCCCAUGUCUGUUUCAGAUUAUUGGUUAGUUUUUCUAAUAAGGCUGUUUCCCAUACGAUUUGAUACCAUUGGUCUGUGCGCACUCCUGACAGGUCUCUCCAGUGUCUGGUUAUGAUGUUUCUAGCUGCUGACAGUAGGUGGGUUAUGAGCUCUUUGUGAUGUGAGUGGGCAUUAUAAUCUUUGAAGAUGUUUAGCAGGGCCAGUUGUGAGGUGACUUCUAAUACUUGCUUAGUUAUUUUGCAUAUUGUAUGAUUGAUGUCCAGAAGAGUUGGACUUUAGGACAUUCCCACCACAUGUGGAGGUAUGUGCCUGUGGAGGUGCAUCCUCUCCAGCAUUUUGAUGAGGUUCCUGGGCGUAUUGGUGUUAGUUUCCAUGGUGUUAGGUACCACCUGUAAGUGAGUUUCAGAGUGCAUUUUUGUCUUUUCGCUCAUAUGGAUUUAAAGGGAGGUUGAAUCUCCUGGCUUUUUCAGGUCCCACCAUUCUAUCCUGCGUACUCUUGCCACAUAGAGUGCUUUCAUAGAUAAACCAUAAAUAAAUAUAAGGUAAAGGGACGCCUGAUCAUUAGGUCCAGUCGUGACCGACUCUGGGGUUGCGGCGCUCAUCUUGCUUUAUUGCCGAGGGAGCCGGCGUACAGCUUCCGGGUCAUGUGGCCAGCAUGACUAAGCCACUUCUGGCGAACCAGAGCAGCGCAUGGAAACGCCGUUUACCUUCCCGCUGGAGCGCUACCUAUUUAUCUACUUGCACUUUGACGUGCUUUUGAACUGCUAGGUUGGCAGGAGCAGGGACUGAGCAACGGGAGCUCACCCUGUCACGGGGAUUCGAACCGCCGACCUUCUGAUUGGCAAGUCCUAGGCUCUGUGGUUUAACCCACAGCGCCACCCACGUCCCUAUAAAUAAAUAUAGUUCCCCCCAAAAAACGUAUUGAUCCAUGUUUGUUGUUGUUUGUAGCACAGUAAUGCAAGUUUCUCAGAGCUCCUCUAGGCUGCUUUAAGCUAGAAAGACUCAAGGUUACUGGCGCUGAUGUUAUAGGGUGCUAAAUUGUUCUUUGUGGCUUACCUCUAUAUUAGCAAGGAUUUUCAGAAGAAAUGAAAGUUCCGGUAGAUGCCGCAGUGUUUUUGGCAAAUCAGCUUUUGACUAAACCUGUGAGCCUGCUUUCAGUACCAUCCCCACCCCAUUACUAAGUGUGCAGUCUUUGAUCGCUUGAUUAAUCAACUAGAGAUUUACUGGAAUAACCAGUGGGGGGUUCAGUUAUAAUAGGUGGACUAUGUGUUUACAUGUAUUUACAUUUUCAAAGCUAUUUUUGAAAUCAAAAGGAAUCAAAAAGGGAAAUACUGACAAUUAUUCCGUCUAACAAACAGAUGCCAAGAAUGAUGAUUUUGCAAAAACUCAUGCUUGGUUGAAUAACCGAAAAGGUGUCUUUAUUCUGGUUUUGAUGAUGCGCACAUUUACCUAAGUUUAAUUUGGUUAAAAGGCAGGUGGUCCUCCAGAAACACUUCUGAAUACCUAGGCACAAAGAUAUCUGUGAACUCUCAUUGAUUCUCUGACCCUGUAGAAGGCUUCUGAACUUUAAUGCUUUAAUUUAUUAUUGUUUUGUAGUUUGUGCAUCGCUAAGCAUGUGCAAAGAACAUUAACCAUACUUUUUCUUUUUUUGUAUUCCAUUAUUUCAUUAAAUAAAUAAAAAUAAAAGGUGGGUGGUAAGUCGAGGACCCUAAGCGUUACUGAAUAAGUAACAGCCACUUCAUAUCUUAAAAACUGAUAUGAUUAUGGUGACCAUACACAAAGGAGGACAAGGGCUUUAACAGUUACGUAGAAGAGAGAAUUUCGAAGGUGCCUUUAUUAAAUCUCUUUGAUGCAAAACUGUCCUCUCUUGCAUUUGGCCACCCCUAGGUACAAAAGUACGCGGGUACUUUUUUUUGACGGACGUGGGUGGCACUGUGGGUUAAACCACAGAGCCUAGGGCUUGCUGAUCAGAAGGUCAGCGGUUUGAAUCCCCGCAACGGGGUGAGCUCCCGUUGCUCGGUCCCUGCUCCUGCCAACCUAGCAGUUCGAAAGCACGCCAGUGCAAGUAGAUAAAUAGCUACCACUCCGGCGGGAAGGUAAACGGCGUUUCCGUGCGCUGCUCUGGUUCGCCAGAAGCAGCUUAGUCAUGCUGGCCACAUGACCCGGAAGCUGCAUGCCAGCUCCCUCGGCCAAUAAAGUGAGAUGAGCGCCGCAACCCCAGAGUCGGCUACGACUGGACCUAAUGGUCAGGGGUCCCUUUACCUUAACUUUACUAGGUACAAAAGUGCACCUGAGCUUAAAUGCCGAAAUAUUCAGGCAACUUUGUCCAUUCUGAGCAUGCCCACUCCUGUUGUUCUUUUAAUGGCAUUUGAUACAGCAGGCCUUUCCUGGCAUAGCAGUACUCUUCAACUGCUAAAUUUCUGAGCUUCGGUCUGCUGUUAAAGCAAAGCUGGAAAAGAGGUGGCGAUGCCAGAAUCUGCAUCUUCCUCUUCCUUUCUAAUUAUUAAAAGAAAUGGGUACCCUGCCUUGUCUCAGAUCUGAUAGAGAUUUAAUGCACUCUAAUUAUUCCUGAUGCAAUUUCCUCUCAGUUGUUCUGGUUUCUCUUUUCCUGCAUUUCAGACUGGCAACAGCUAUUCUCCCAUAUUCCUUUUGCAGAGCUUAUGAUAAAAGUAUGCUCUGGCCAGCUGCUCCUGCAAAGGAGGGCAAUCACAGCUACUCUAAGCUGCAGAAUCAUGUGGGUUUGGUUCCACUGGGACGCAACUGCUGGGUCUUCCAGGGGUAGCUAGGAAGUGGGGUUGACAUGCUAUAAUUGUUGUUUGUGCCCGCAGUUAAAAACUGCGGAUGCAAGGGGAUGCAGGUUUCAAGUAGAACAGCAGAUAAUUUGCACCACACAUGCCAUGAAACUAGGAGUGUCCAGUAUUGUUGAGCUUGAAUUGGGAACUGUUGCAGUGCAGCAGUUAGAGUUUAGACAAGGAUCUGAUUGACCAGGAUUCAAAGCCCCAUUCUGCCUAACCUACCUCACAGGGAUGCUGUGAUGAUGAAAUGGAGAGGGAGAACCAUGCAGGCCACCUUGAACACUGCGAAGGAAAGGUGUGGCAUAAAAUAUGCUGCAAGAUCUAGACUCCCUUCAUGCACACCGAAGGUGUAAAGAGUUGAAUAAACCAUUUUUUUAUCUUAUUUUUGAAAUCGUUUUUAUUUGAUUUUACAAAUGUGGAUUUAUAACAAUGCCUAAUACAUAUCCGUAUAUAGAGAUUUAUCUGAAUCUCGAGACUUCCCACCAGCCCCUCCAUGGGUCCUAUUGUCAACAUUUUCAACUGCAUAUUAUUUCAAAAUCUAUAUGUUGUAUCUGUCCAUAUUUUCCAUAGUCCUUGUUACAUUACAGUAGUCUGCUAGAUAAAUUAUUUUUUAAAAUCCCAUUUUUCUUGAAGUUUUUGUCUUCUGGGUUUCUGAACUUCCUGGUCAGUUUAGCCAUUUUGGCGUAGUCCAUAGGGUUAGUUUGCCAUUCCUCUCUGGUAGGGACGAAUAAACCAUAAUUCUUAAAGCUUUGACAGUCUCCAAAGGAACACAGACAAACUGUGUGAGUGCCUGGAACCCCCAGGAAUCUUGCACAGAAUUUUUGUAACAACCUGAUGGACUGGGGGCCAAACGGCACGUUAAGUUAUUUGUGCUUACAAAAAAAGAAUCAAUUUUUAAAAGUCCGUUUUUAUUACAAAGAAAAUGCAGCCACUUUCCUAUCCUGGGGGAUGCCCUGAAAAACCCUGCAACUAGACUGAGAUGUUCUCUAAUCGUGAUGAAGUUGAUGACACUCCUGCAGAGUGAUCAAGCUCCCCUUUCUGUAUUUGCCUGCCGGUUCAUUCCACCACCACAUCCUUCCCUGCUGCCCUGAUAUGGCGAAACUGACAAGCUGCAGAAACUCUUAUCAGUUCAACUCAUAUGUGGUUGCAGUCUUGCCUCAAACUGCUAUUCAGGCACAGUACGAUUUAGCAUCUGUUAGCACUGGAUUCUGCCACUGGCAUACAGUAUGAAGCAUUUGGAUUGACAAGGCUUUCUUUUACUGUUCAGGCAGGUCUUUGGAAACCGCCCCCCCCUCUUUUUUUGACCAGCCUUUAUUGAGAUGCUACCGAUGCUUUUACUGAUGUUGCUAUUAUAGUAUUGUUUUGUAGUAUUGUAUUGCCUGCUCAGUGGAGCAGUAAAGGUAAAAAGGUAAAGGACCCCUGGACAGUUAAGUGCAGUCAAAGGUGACUAUGGGGUUGCAGCGCUCAUCUCGCUUUCAGGCCAAGGGAGCCAGCGUUUGUCCACAGACAGCUUUCCGGGUCAUGUGGCCAGCAUGACUAAACCACUUCUGGUGCAAAGGGACACCAUGACGGAAACCAGAGCACACGGAAACACCAUUUACCUUCCCGCCACAGCGGUACCUAUUUAUCUACUUGCACUGGCGUGCUUUUGAACUGCUAGGUUGGCAGGAGCUGGGACAGAGCAACAGGAGCUCACCCUGUUGCAGGGAUUCGAACUGUCGACCUUCCAAUUGGCAAGCCCAAGAGGCUCGGUGGUUUAGACCACAGCGCCACCCGCAUCCCUGUAAUAGAGCAGUACCUUCUGUCUGAUCUAGGGCUCCUCUUGACAUCCUUUCAAUUGUGUAUUUGUGAUCAUUAAUGCUCACGGGGGUAGCGGGGUGGUUAUAUACAUGGUCCUAUUUCAAUACUGUUUGAAGCUGCAAAAGCUUCAGGAUAGGUAUACAGCUUUGUGCGUACCCUGUAGCAUUCAGCCGAAAUCCUGUAACUUUUCAUACCACAAAUGUUCCCUUGCUGUGGAGUUUCUAUGUCCUGCUUUCAAUGAGGUGCAGCAGAAGAGUGCAGUGGCGUGCCGUGGAUUGCUAGUACCCGGGGCCACAUGGAGGGGUGUUUGGGAGGGAGGGAAAUGGACGGAGUACGCAUGCUCAUUCAACUGCCUAAUGGCAUCCACUUCACCCAGGAAAUUGCAGCCACAGAGAUGAGGCGUCAUUUUGUUGUCUGGAGAGGUCACUUCCUGGUUCGCAUGGAGAAGCCAUUUUCAAUGGAGCCCUGCAACGGAAGCACACAGCUGUCUUGAGGCCCUCACUAACAAUUUUGCACUUGGGGCAACUUCCCCUCCAUAAGGCAAUAACUGGGGAAUUACGCAGGUGGCGCUGUGAUCUAAACCACUGAGCCUCUUGGGCUUGCUGCCACAAUGGAGUGAGCUCCCUUUGCUCUGUCCCAGCUCCUGCCAACCUAGCAGUUCAAAAGCAUGCCAGUGUAAGUAGUUAAAUGGGUAGGGAAGGUAAAUGGCGUUUCCGUGUGCUCUGGCUUCCGUCACAGUGUCUCGUUGCGCCAGAAGUGGUUUAGUCCCGCUGGCCACAUGACCUGGAAAGCUGUUUGUGGACAAACACCAGCUCCCUUGGCCUGAAAGCGAGAUGAGUGCCGCAACCCCAUAGUUGCCUUUGACUGGACUUCACCGUCCAGGGGUCCUUUACCAUCAGAGAACCUCUAAUAAAGGGGAAUGAUGUGCAGGUGCUCCUGUCAGAAAUCUACCACCCAUGUUCUCUUUUUGCACCAGUGACCUGUUGUAGAAUAAGGUAAAGGUAAAGGGACCCCUGACCAUUAGGUCCAGUCGUGACUGACUCUGGGGUUGCGGCGCUCAUCUCGCUUUAUUGGCCGAGGGAGCCGGUGUACAGCUUCCGGGUCAUGUGGCCAGCAGAACUAAGCCGCUUCUGGUGAACCAGAGCAGCGCACGGAAACGCCGUUUACCUUCCCGCCGGAGUGGUACCUAUUGAUCUACUUGCACUUUGACGUGCUUUCGAACUGCUAGGUUGGCAGGAGCAGGGACCGAACAACGGGAGCUCACCCCGUCGUGGGGAUUCAAACUGCUGACCUGCUGAUCGGCAAGUCCUAGGCUCUAUGGUUUAACCAACAGCGCCACCCGCAUUGUAGAAUAAACCCACAAAAAAAACACCGGAAUGAAGUGAGCCCUACUUGAGGCCCAAACCCAACUUCUCCUGUUCCAGCGAUGGACAAGGAGGAUCACUGUGUUAAAAAACAGCCUUCUCCUAAGUCGGGUUUGGGUUCACUUCCCCAUGUCCCUGACAAUGGGCUGACAAAGCCCUUCCUUAACUCCUGCUGUAAACCUGACGGCUAAGGGAGGACUGGCAGGCUUGGCUAUUGAUGGCAAUCUUGCCAAGACUGGAACGGCUUGCCUGGGACAGUGCUCCCUUUGUGUUCUGCUUCACUGUGUCUGCCCACUGCAGCAAUUUUUGCCGUGUUUUCAUUUGUUGGGCAUCGUGGGUAGCCGGGAAUGUUUGCAAACUCUCUGCAGGGAUUUGAACGGAACAACGUUUUAGCAAAUAAGUCUUGGAUAACAACGGGGCAGAGAAGUUCAAAAAGAUGGAGGUUGUCAGAUGGCAGCGUAACAGCUCUUCAAAAAUCGAAAGGAUUGUAGGUGGCGUACAUUGCGUGCAGUAUUUUCUUUGCUUAUUUUCCCACCAGCUUCCCAAGCCCCCUGCAUGGCUCUCGGAGCGGAAUAAAACAUCCAAUUUCUGAGUCAAACUGCCUAGCUUUGGAGCGUUUCCACCUUACAUAUCUGUACUGGCCUUGAUUUGAUGCCUUUUUGAAGACGCUUGAAUAAAUUUUCUCACCACUUAUCUCCAUGCCAGGAAAACCUUCACCUGCUGGAUUUGUGUAAGCAACUAUUAAAUGCACACAAGCAGAAACGAAAACCUGGCAACCUUAUUUUAUAUUAGCUUUAUUCUUUAUGGCAGGGGCAGGAAAUCUGUAGAUGUUGUUGGACUCCAGUUCCCAUCAACCAGCAUAGCCAGUGGUCAGGGAUGAUGGAAGUUGUAGUCCAUCAACAUCUGGAGGACCACAGAUUCCUCACUCCUGAUAUAUGAUGCUUAUCUGCUUCCUUUUAUUUAUUUAAAUCUGCUUUAUAGGCUGCCUAUUUUUGUCAAGAAAUAACGUCUCUAAGCAGUUUACAAAAUAACAAUAAUAAAACAGCAAUAGUAAAAUACAAAUAAAACUGCAUAUUGUCUCUAUCACAGUAAGAAUCCAAAUAUGGGACCAAAAUAUUGAGCACUGCAACAUCCAGGGAUGAUUAUUGUGUUUUUAAUAUAUUGUGAUACAUGUAUUUUCCACUGUUGCAAGCCGCCUUGAAUGUGCUGAGGAGAUUAGGAUAUACAUUGUAUUUUAUUUUAUGUUUAUUUGUUUUUUUUAAAAAGCAACAAGAAAUGUAGGAGGCUGCCUUGCACAGAAAUGAUCCAUUGGUCCACCUAGCUCAUUAAACCCCUUUGGGCUCCAGGCAUAAACAUUCCUCUUCAACCAGGCCUUUGGCCAAUUAACAUCCAAUACCCUUUCAAAUAGGGACGCGGGUGGCGCUGUGGGUUAAACCACAGAGUCUAGGACUUGCCGAUCAGAAGGUUGGCGGUUCGAAUCCCCACAACGGGGUGAGCUCCCGUUGCUCGGUCCCUGCUCCUGCCAACCUAGCAGUUCGAAAGCACGUCAAAGUGCAAGUAGAUAAAUAGGUACCGCUCCGGCGGGAAGAUAAACGGCGUUUCUGUGCGCUGCUCUGGUUCGCCAGAAGUGGCUCAGUCAUGCUGGCCACAUGACCCGGAAGCUGUAUGCCGACUCCCUCGGCCAGUAAAGCGAGAUGAGUGCCACAACCCCAGAGUUGGCCACGACUGGACCUAAUGGUCAGGGGUCCCUUUACCUUUUUACCCUUUCAAAUGUGUUGUGGGAGGGGGUUAUUGGUUUGUUUUUGUUCUUCUUUUUAUUAUGUGCGUUGUGAUUCUUCUCUGGUAUUUUUAUGUUGUGAAUCACCUUGAGAACUGCAAAUGAAGGGAUGUAUACAAAUUUUAAUGAUGAUAAUAACAAUAACAAUAACAAUAACAAUAACAAUAGCUUGCAGAAUCACAGACUUGUAAGGGACCACAGGGUCAUCUUCUAAUCCAAAGGAAUCUUUCACCCAACAUGGGACUCGAACCCACAAGCCUGAGAUUAAGAGUCUCAUGCUCUGCCAACCAAGCUAUCCCUCAGGGCUAAUAUUGUUUGCAACCACUAGCAGUGGUUCUCCGGGAUUUUGGGUAGGGGAGAUUUCCAGCCCUACAUGGAGAUAACAGGCAAUGAACGUGGGACCUUCUGCAUACAAAUCCAUGGGAGUGAGUCCUGCCUGCUGCUGCAAAGCAUAGAAUCAUAGAAUCAUAGAGUUGGAAGAGACCACAAGGGCCAUCGAGUCCAACCCCCUGCCAAGCAGGAAACACCAUCAGAGCACUCCUGACAUAUGGUUGUCAAGCCUCUGCUUAAAGACCUCCAACGAAGGAGACUCCACCACACUCCUUGGCAGCAAAUUCCACUGUCGAACAGCUCUUACUGUCAGGAAGUUCUUCCUAAUGUUUAGGUGGAAUCUUCUUUCUUGUAGUUUGGAUCCAUUGCUCUGUGUCCGCUCGGACACGGAGGACACGCUCAAGACUCCCCGUGAGCCUAGCUUUUUCAAGACUUGCAAAAACGACACUGGGCUCGUGGGGCACCAUGAGCAGCCAUGCGCCCUGUCCCUGUGAGCCCAGCACCGCUUUUGCGAGUGGCACUGGGCUCGCAAGGAGGGUGCAGUCAACUGUUGCACCCUUCUUAUGGUGCCCUCCAGUUGGAGGGCAGCUGAGAAGUAUUCAACAAGUCUGCUCCCUGGCCCCUCCCUAUGCCUGCAAUAAAGCAACAGAAUAAAUCAGGGGUCAGCAAACUUUUUCAGCAGGGGGCUGGUCCACUGUCCCUCAGACCUUUAGGGGGCCGGACUAUAUUUUUUGGGGGAAUGAACGGAUUCCUUUGCUUACAAUAACUUAGAGAUGCAUUUAAAUCAGAGUCCGACACAUUCUGACCUCAUGACUAAAGCACGCCUGGCAUUCCUGGACCAUCCACUGGCUCCGGAGUUUAGUAAGACUCAUGUUGUAGCUCGGAUCACGGUCCAGACCAUCUCGGCCUUCGUGGCCCUUCUGCUUGUGCCUACAGCUGUGCCAGUGUCAGGUGUAGUGAUCAAGAGCGGUAGUCUUGUAAUCUGAGGUAACCAGUGUUCAGCUUCACGAUCUGCUCCUUCACAGUGCAGCUGCUCAGGGCUGAUUCCUUAGAAUGGAUGCGUUCGAUCUCUUGCAGUCCAUGAGAGUCUCCUCCAGCACCAUACAUUCCAUCCUCACAGAGUGUUUAGAUGCAUGUGGAAGAAAGGACAAGGAGACCAUGUUAGCACGCUGAUUCUGAGACUCGUCCAAAGGCGGAUUGAAAGGCGGGAUAUCAAAUCCAAACUCUUCUUCUUCUUCUUCUUCUAUCCAUGGAAUAAAUCCUAUCCAUGGAAUAAAUCCUUUCUCGCGCAGAAGGGCCUUCAGACUUGCUGAGGCUCCCUCGAACAGAAGUGGAGGAAGGCGUCUCAUCGUGUUUUGCCAAUUCCUCCUUUCUCUGUAGCCUCGCCACACUGCUCUGGAAAGGGAAGAUUUCCAGAGGGCCACAGGGGAAAGGAAAAUGGGUGGAAAUUGCUUUCAUUAGUCGGUGCCAGGAGCGCACGGCCUUUCCAUGGAGAGAACUCCACUCUCGGGAUCUUUAUUUAUUUUUAUUUGAAACGUACUUAGCCUGCUUUUAAGGAUCAGAAAACAUUUCAAAGCAGCAUUGGAAGGAAUGCAGUAGAAUACAGCUACAGAUAAUUGAUAAUCAAGCCAAUGCAACCAAUCAAAUAAACCACUGAUUAAAAAAACACCCAGCUAUAAUAAAACUACAAAUGUUUUAGCCCCAAAGCACUACAGUGUGAUACAAAACUUGGAGGAGUGGGAGCAAUGGGGUCUUCAGGGCUUCCCUAAUACCUGAAUGGAAGGGACCUGUUGGAGUAAUAAUAAUAAUAAUAAUAAUUUAUUUAUACCCUGCCCAUUUGGCUGGGUUUCCCCAGCCACUCUGUGUGGCUCCCAACAGAAUAUUAAAAACACCAAACAUUAAAAACUUCCCUAAACAUGGCUGCCUUCAGAUGUCUUCUAAAAGUCAGAGAGUUGUUUAUUUCCUUGACAUCUGAUGGGAGGGCGUUUCACAGGACAGGCGCCACUACUGAGAAGGCCCUCUACCUGGUUCCCUGUAACCUCAUUUCUCACAGUGAGCAAACCGGCAGGAGGCCCUCCAUGCUGGACCUCAGCGUCCGGGCAGAACAAUGGGGGUAAAGAUGCUUCUUCAGGUAUACUGGGCCGAGGUUGUUUAGGGCUUUAAAGGUCAGCACCAACACUUUGAAUUGUGCUCGGAAACGUACUCAGAACCAAUGUAGGUCUUUCAGGAGUGGUCUUGGCGGCCAUUCCUAGUCUAGCUGCCGCAUUCUGGAUUAAUUGUAGUUUCUGGGUCACCUUCAAAGGUAGCUCCAUGUAGAAUGCAUUGCAGUAGUCCAAGCGGGAGAUAACUAGAGCAUGCACCACUCUGGUAACUGAUUUCCAAGACAUGGGGCCACUGCAGGAAACUUCCUCAUCCUUAAAUUCAUCAGCUUAAAUCUCGGAUCCAAUCUCAUAUGUAUGUUACACCCUGGUUAGCAUAUUCUUAAAAGGAGGGGAGUGGAGAAACAGGAUCUUAUGGUGUGGAAAAAAAUAUGCCCGUUCUUUAGCAUGGCUUCCGCAGCCCAUGUGAGUUAUUCAGAUUAGGCAAACUUGUCUGGUUCUCUUCUCACUUUGCAUAUCUUGAGAACUUACGUAAUUCUGGAACUGCUAGUCAUGGCAAGGGGCAAGGACCUGUGUAGGGCACAUAGGCGCCAACUCUAUAGGACUGUGGUGCAUAGCUGUCAACUUACAGAUUUGAAAAUAAGGGACCAGUAGCCUCGCAAAUAAGGGAUCAGCAGCCAAAAUAAGGGAUUUUAGUCAACCAGCUGAAAUACAAAGUUAAAAGGGACCAGAUAAUUUUGGAGAACAGCGCUGGUUUUAAUCCCUUCGUUUCCAGAGGUUGCUGCUCAAGACGCCAGCUGAUGAAACACUGCAAUGAAAUAACUACAAGCAGCAACCACUUUUCGCGCAAAACGAAGUCCAAGCUACGAAGAUGCUGCUGCAGUUCUGUAUCUUUUCUCUCAUGCUCCAUCUGCAGCUCUCAGUUCCAUCAGGUGGGGCGGGAGGAAGAGAGGGGGGAAUAGCGCCUGAAGUAAACCCGCAGAUCAGACCAUCUAUGCUAGUCUACCACCUCAAAUCUAUGGGAGAAGUGCUUGCGGUCCUUCCUCCGCUUUCCCCCAAUAUGGUUAGCCCUUGGAACACCUGCCCGCGCCUCCGCCUCCUCCUCCUCCUCCUCCUCUCUCUGAACUGCUUUCUCUAUGGUUGCCCUCGCUCUCCCCCUCUCAAGGCUCCUCAGCAAUUCAUAGGCUGUGCCAGGCUGCCCAUCUCAUCCGGGUCCUUCAGCGGUGCAGCCGCAGUACGGCCUAGCGAGAGCGGCGGCGACAGGCAGAGGGGAGGCCCCAGGCAGAGACGCUCAGUUCUGCGGCCACGAGGAGGAUGGCGGCGGAAGGGCCCGAGGCUCCCGUCGCCAGUCCCGGUGGGGAGGGGCUCCCGGGGGCCGAGGCUGGUGAGAGGAGGCUGGAGGGGGGCGGGCCGGGCAGCCAAGCAACACAGUUGAAGCCUACCUCCUCCCUAGCCAGCAGGGAGGGAGGGAGAGGAGCUGCUUCCUCUGAAACCCGGGAAAUUUAAGGGACAUCAUCAAUAAGGGACAGCAGCGGGACACGGCGCUGGGAUAAGGGAGUUUCCCACCAAAUAAGGGACGGUUGACAGCUAUGCUGUGGUGUCUUCAGCCCCUGCCAAAGUAUGUCAGGAUGGGGCUGAGCCUCACCCGCAAAUCUUGAGGGGCAGGGUCUGGUGAUGGCGGACCUCACUGGACGCUCGCGGUGGUGGCUGUGAGCCUCACUAGGGCUCAUGGUGGCAGUGGUGGGCCUUUCAGCAUAGCACAUGAUGUAUGAUCUCCCCCACAUGCAUGCAAUGCCUUGGCCCCCUGCAACAUUGGGCAGAACUCAGCAUCUCUGAUAGGGCAUGAAGCCCCGCCUGGUUCAGCAAAUCUUCUAGCUUCUGAGAUUUCGGCAGGCACUGCUGCCUGCACAUUUUCAAGCAUACUUCAGCAACCGAAAAGAUACAGAAGCUUGCUUCUCAAGCAGAGAUGCUCAGAAAGCCGAAUUUUGCACCUAGGACCAUGUUUUGUGCUCUGGGAGAAUGUUAGCAUGCAUGCAGCUCUAGUUACCUCCAAAAGUGGGUUUUUGAUGACCUUCCGUGGGCUGGGGUCUGCGAUGAAGGAGACCUUAGACAAGGAAAGUGAGUCAGGGAAAAUAUUAUUUGCAGGUUGAUCUAUAUUAUAUUUGUUUUCCAACCCCAGCCUGCUGUUGCCCGAGGAACUGACGUCUUCCUUACACUUCAGCUAGGUAUAUUUUUAGAGCCAAAAACCCUUUAAAAGGCGACGUAUCGAUUCCUUCCAUCCCUCACGCAUUCGGCCUUUCUGUUUUAGAAUCAUAUUCCACUGUUCUCUAGUAACGUGACCUCGGCAUCAAUAUUCCUAUUAUCUUCCAUGCUUGUGUUCUGAAAUAAACCAGAUCCCCACAGGGGUGUUUUGCCAUAACCCAAAUGUGCCCAUUUCCAUUUUAGCCUUUCAGAAUAUUGUCAGUGACAACAGCACGGGAUCCCUCUUGCAUUCUGCAGCCUAUAUAAGAAUAAUAAAUGUUGGGGUGAGGGCUGUCUCCUCAGACGCAUUCCAAGCCUCUUCCCUAAAGUCUCAGCUGCUCUUUUUGUUAAUUAUAUUUUUACAGCAACAAAAAUCUCUCGCCCUUUUAGUUAGAUAAGGGGAAAUUAUACAGACAGUCUUCAAACCAAUUGCUCAGUAAGAAGUAAACAUGUUCCCAUCUUCUGAUGCACUGGCUGAAUAAGUACAAACGCACUGGCAUCAUCAAUGAGCACUGGGGCGUGUGGAGUUUUUUUAAAAAAAACAAUUAUUAUAUUAACGUUAAAUAAAUAGCAUGCUAGACUUUGCAGGGGGGUUUCGUUCACAUUGACAACCCAUAUAUUUUCCAAUUGUAAUUGUCUAAAUUUGUUUUUCCAUUGUUAGCUUGUUUCAUGUAAUUCGUAGCAAAAUGUAUAUUUCAUGUUCGGUGCAUACGCCGUUCUGAACAGCAGCUUCUGAACAUUUCUGACUCUAUGCAAACCUUUGCUUCUGUGCUCUGACAGCAUGACAGUGCAGCCUCGUCUGAUUAUGUGCAGUUGCAGUUGCAUGUUUUGCUAAGUGAACACCAUGCGACUGCAACAAAGUUGUUGCAUGAUACACAUUGUGUUGUGUUGUGUUGUGUUGUGUUGUGUUGUGUUGUGUUGUGUUGUGUUAUGCAUACAAGUUCAACGCUUAAAGUGUAUGGUUAGUUCAGCAUCAAAUGUGUGGGUGCUUAUAUAUUGAUCUUAGUCAUUAGGAUCUCAAUAUGAUCAACAGGUACAGAUAAUAUAUUUAUUAUUAACAUUUAAAUGAGGCCACACAUUUAUUUUAUAUCCCAUGUAAAGCCAGUCUGCCAUUGCUGAGGAGUCCAAAAGUUUUUUUCCACUGGGACCUGAACCCAAAAGUAUGUCUGAACUUGUGGUUUAUCUCACUUCAGACAAACCAUGCACAGUAGCCAAGCUUCGUUCUAUCGCUUACCACUUGUGGUUUGUCAGGGGAGAUGAAAACAAUGAGCCUGGGAUCAGAAGUAAGGUAAAGGUAAAGGACCCCUCGACAGUUAAGUCCAGUCAAAGGCGACUGUGGGGUUGCGGCACUAUCUCGCUUUCAGGCCGAGGGAGCCAGCGUUUGUCCACAGGCAGCUUUCUGGGUCAUGUGGCCAGCAUGACUAAACCACUUCUAGUGCAACGGGACACCGUGAUGGAAACAAAAGUGCACAGAAACGGCAUUUAACUUCCCACUACAGUGAUACCUAUUUAUCUACUUGCACUGGCGUGCUUUCGAACUGUUAGGUUGGCAGGAGCUGGGACAGAGCAAUGGGAGCUCACCCCAUCACACAGAUUCAAACUCCUGACCUUCUGAUCGGCAAGCCCAAAAGGCUCAGUGGUUUAGACCACAGCGCCACCCGCAUGUAGAUGUAAUGCUAAGCCAAACCAUGACACAGCUCACAGCAGCAUGGAAUCACCGGAAGAGGAGUGAGUCCCAAUGAACUUCUCUCCAGAAACCCACGCUUGCUCAUUCACACUAAACCAUGGUUUUGGCUUAAACAUUAUGUGCACACUGGCUCACCGUACCAGCUCUGCUCUUAAUUAGAAGCAUGCAUUCCUGUAAAUCCUGUUUGUUCUGCUAUAUGGUCCAAUUUGGCAAGCAGAAAAGAAAUGUCCUCAAGAAGUUGUAAGGUGUUGGUUGAAUGCACUUUCUUCUCCUCUUGCCAUUGUCUUGUUCAUGCUAGAGUUGUUCUCAACCAGCUGGUCUACUCCCCAGAUUUUGGUUCAAUUUGCGUGCCAGGGGCCCCGUGACCCACAGCUCCCCAUAGAUGAAUAAACACACCAACACGAGUUUUUAGGAUUAUGGGAUAAAACAGGCCACAACUUUAUUGGUUACAGGUGUGAGUGGUUUGGUUUAGGCAUUGGGUGAAACCAGGCUAUAUCUUGACUCCCACCCAUCUGCAGAAAGAGGGAAGCCCCCAGCCACGCCACGGUUUUAAAUACCCGCAGCCAUGCCCCCCGCCAGCAUAGAUUGGCCAGACGGGGGUGACAUGGCCAGGGUUGGCACAGAGGGGACAUCAAUUCCCCCACCCCUGAGCCAGGUUACUGCAAGAGCCCGGAUGCCCAGCCCCAGCCCCACCCACUGCAAAAGGUGAGUGGUCUUCUGGGCCAUAUGUUUGACAUUCAAGAGGCGCUCGGUAAUUUUGUUAUACAAAAGCUGACUGGGUGCUGGGUAAAUUUUCCUAGCUGUGAGAUCCUUCCCCAUUUUGACUUUUAAGUAGGAAUUAUUGAUGUCUGGCACAUAGCAGACUCUACAGAGUGAUGCUGUACCUUUUUUGGUCAGUGUAUCAAAUUAUUUCAAAUCAGUGUAUCAAAAUUAUUUCAAAUCAAAGUACUUUUCAUCUUUUACUUCAAUAUUUUGCAGCAUGUCAUAUCGAUACAAUUGCUAUUUCAAAUCACACUCCACUUUCUCUUAUUAUGCUGCUGCCUAAUUUUGUUAAAUCCUAUUGCCUGAUGCUUGAAUGCUACACUUUUGAUUGGUGAUAACUUCAAAACGCAGGGGGAGCCUGAAUUUCAGGAAUAUUUUGAAAAUAAUGAAGGUUCUGUUUUGUCCUGUGAUGUUGAAUGGGAGUCUUGCAAGAGUAACAUGAGGGGGAGGAGAAGCACAGGGCUUAGCACGGGAGGAAUUUGGAUUUUGAAGUUUUUAUUAAGUCAAUUUGCAUCAUGUCUUUCCUUGAGUCUUUAUCAAAAUUUGUAGUGUGCUACAUAUAAACUGGGAUGCGGGUGGUGCUGUGGGUUAAACCACAGAGCCUAGGACUUGCCGAUCAGAAGGUCGGUGGUUCAAAUCCCCGCGAUGGGGUGAGGACCCGUUGCUCGGUCCCUGCUCCUGCCAACCUAGCAGUUUGAAAGCACGUCAAAGUGCAAGUAGAUAAAUAGGUACCACUCUGGCGGGAAGGUAAACGGUGUUUCCGUGCGCUGCUCUGGGUUCACCAGAAGCGGCUUUGUCAUGCUGGUCACAUGACCCGGAAGCUGUACGCCGGCUCCCUCGGCCAAUAAAGCAAGAUGAGCGCCGCAACCCCAGAGUCAGUCACGACUGGACCUAAUGGUCAGGGGUCCCUUUACUUUACCUUACAUAUAAACUGAAUAAUUUACUUUCAGUUAAAGCUGAAUUUGCAGUGAGAUGUUUGUGCCAGAAGUACUGGGAAAGUGGUGAGAGGAUGGGUAAAAUUUUAGUAUUCCAUUUCAGACAAAAAAAAAAGUUGAAAUUAUAUUCCUUUAAUUAAGAAUUAAUGCAACAAUGUAUACACAACCCCAAAGGAUAUAUAUUUAGAUUUUCAAAAGUCCAAAAAAUUAUACACUAAUACAAUAUUAAAGAACAGUAUCAACUGAAAUAUGUUUACAUUAAAAUAUACCAAUAUAAAUAAAUAAAUGGUUACAUGAAUUAAUACAUUUAAAUCAUCCAAUUAAAUCAUUACAUUAAAUCUUUAAUUAACUCAUCCAAUUAAACCUUUGCAAUGCACCAUAUUGACCUCAAUAAAAUUUAUCCUCCGCUUUGGAGCAGCCGUUGCAAAUCUCGCAACUCUGUCACAAAGUUGUCAGACUUAGACAACACAUAUGUGUCUUCAUAAUCACCAUCAAGGCAUAUCUUUUAACUCGUAAAAAUGAUUGACAGGCUUGUUUUUGUGCAAAUGCAUGGGUAAUCUUGGAGAUGAUGUUUUUGGCACUCCUUGAUGAUGUCCAGCUAUGUUCUGUGCAUAUAUAAAAAAAGAAAAGUACUAUAUCUACCUGCAACUACAACAGCUACGGUAUACAAUGUCUUUUCAGUUGGCAUUUGACCCUUAUGCUCAUGCUAAAUUAACUCUGUGGCACCCCACAGAUUUGAGAGUAGAGAGGCAAUCCUUUUUUGGAAGAAGUGGGCUGAAAUGUAGAUAUCAUCGGGGGCGGGGGAGUAUAGGAAUCUAUACUUGAUUCUGAAUUUGAACAGAAUCAUGAAGGACUGCCUGCCUGCCACACAGUUGAUAUCAGAGCCUCCCUUUCUCCCUCGCACAAUGGUCUGUGUGCACAAUAUAAAUGCAAAGCAAGAAUUCUGGGCGCUGUAGGGUUUUAACUCUGUGAGAGGUAAACUACAAAGCCCAGAAUUCUUUGAGGGAAAUAAUGUGCUUUAAAAGUACAGCUUCUACAUUGUACACACCCAGCUCACUUCCGCAAUGAGCUUGUGUAUCCUCUUUCAUUUGCAUGCCCAAGCGACGCUUGUGUGCUGUGGCAGGAACAAGCAGAAUAACCAGACUGACGGGAACAGCGAUUUAAUGUCUAAAGAUAUCUGGGCACAGACUGUAUCCCUGAGAUUCUUAAGAGUCGCGAGUAGCGUUUUAAAGCUGCCUUCAGCUAAGGCUGGGUUCCUGUGCAACUCUGGUGUGGCAUAGCUAAGGUAAAAGGUAAAGGACAGAGAAAAAUAGGAAACACCGUAUUUUUCGCCCUAUAAGAUGCACCAGACGACAAGACGCGCCUAGUUUUUGGAGGAGGAAAACAAGGAAAAAAAUAUUCUGAAUCUCAGAAGCCAGAACAGCAAGAGGGAUCGCUGCGCAGUGAAAGCAGCAAUCCCUCUUGCUGUUCUGGCUUCUGGGAUAGCUGCGCAGCCUGCAUUCGCUCCAUAAGACGCACACACAUUUCCCCUUACUUUUUAGGAGGGGAAAAGUGAGUCUUAUAGAGCAAAAAAUAUGGUAGCUUCUGUUUAACAUAGCGCAGAAUCAUGAUGUUGGCUUCGUCAGUGUAAAACACAAACCCAAAUUGUAAACCCACUAGCACAGGGAUGGGGGAACCUGCAACUCUCGAGAUGUUUCUGGAUCCCAUCCCAUCAUCCCUGACCAUCAUCAACCUUCCCUGGAGUUGAUAGGAGCUGGAAUCUAACAACAUCUGGAGAUCUGCUGGUUCCCCAUCUAGCAGUUCCAUGCAGUUCUAGAAUAGCUCGAUCUUUCUGCUGUUUGGCACCACUGCAGGGCUAGGAUCCAAUGCAGUGGGGAGUUUUUUUAAAAAAGAAAUCCAACAAGGUAAAGCUAAAGGAUCUCUGGACAGAUAGGUCCAGUCAAAGGCGACUCUGGGGUUGUGGCGCUUAUCUGGCUAUCAGGUCGAGGGAGCUGGUGUUUGUCCGCAGACAGCUUUCCAGGUCAUGUGGCAUGCAUGACUAAACCGCUUCUGGCACAACAGGACACCAUGACGGAAGCCAGAGUGCACAGAAAUGCCGUUUACCUUCCCACCACAGUGGUACCUAUUUAUCUACUUGUACUUGUGCUUUCGAACUGCUAGGUUGGCAGAAGCUGGGACAGAGCAAUGGGAGAUCACCCCGUUGCAGGGAUUUGAACCGCCAACCUUCUGAUCGGCAAGCCCAAGAGGCUCAGUGGUUUAGACCACAGCACCAUCUUCUCCCCUUAUAACUCUGGUGUGGCAUAGGUGGUCAGCAAAACCACUCCUCUGCACACCAAGAAGCCCUGGGCUUUAUGGGGAAGAGGGUUUGCUGAGGAUUUCCACUGUCACCCUACCAGCUCCUAAGCAAUUUGGGCUCGUUCCAGUGUGGCUGGAGCAGCUAUCAGUUCUGACAGCUGCUGUCAUUACCAGUGGAUAAGCCUCUUCCAGCCGUCUCUCAGCACCUUCGCCCAUCUGCUCAUGUGCUCAUGAACCCUCUGACAAUGUCCAGUGCCCUCUUGUGGAAGCCUUAGAGGGCAUCUGGGCAGCAUGCUGACCAUGGCGAGAAGCAUGGCAAAGCUGGCGUGGGGAAGACUGACCAAACUGGGGUCUGAGCAGUCCCCAGUCUCAGGAAAGGGACUUCCGGACAGGUGGGGGAUUUGGCAAACAGCGUCAUCUCAUAAGGACAGGGUUGGGUGGAGGGAUGUCAAAUGUCAAAAGGCAGAGGGGGGGUUUGUCAUGACCCUUCAGAUGAUGGUGCUUCCUGCCCCAGAGUGGCAGGAAGGUCACAUGGGGUCUAUGGGGCAAUCAUAGCCUGCUCUUAUAGUAAAUUAUUGCUUACAUCGGGGGAGUGGCAUUUUCCCAGGAAAUCAAAAUUUCCCAGGUGUCCCUUAUUGACUGUCCAGAAUUAAUUUAAAACUAAAUGGCAUGGGGAAAGUAGUCUUUUUUUUUUCUUUUUUAAGAAUAUGGCCUUGAAUAUUCCCAAUGCAGAAAGAUUAGAAAUCUAAAUAUAAGCAAUUGUGUGAACUUCUGUUGCUUUUUAUUAGAUGUUUUUGACAUUUUUAUUAGAUUUUUUUGAGGUUUUUUGUAAUUGUAAGUUUUUUUAAAAAAAUAAUGUUUUAAUGUUGUGUUAUAAACUGUUGUAACUUGCCUUGGCAGCUUAGGGUGAUGGAGAGUAAUAAAUUAAAAUAAUAAUAAUAACCCCUCCACUUCAUUCUGUGUUCAAGAUUAUUUGUGCUCAUGAUGGUACCGGGGCUGCUAUGCAUGAUUCUGCUUUCAACGUUGUUCCAUCUGCAGAAGUUUAGUGGUGGACAUUCUGCUGGUCCUGCUGAAAUCAAGUAAACUUUUUUCAUACCACAAAUGUCCCAAGAGGGCGGUUGUUGUUGUUUUUGUUCUACUUGUGUUGUGGUAGAGUGCAACAGUGCCCCUACGGAUGGCAACAGUGCAGGAAAACUGAGCAAGCACUGUUAAGUUGUGGGUGAACAUAUCAGACGACACAGCAAUUCUUCAAACAGCUCUUGUUUAUUCACAGGCCAGAACAGAACUGAACUGAAGGGUUCAGCCAGCCUGCUUAUAUAGAGCUCCAGUACAAUGUAACUGUAACAAUUUUCUAAAACUAUCCAAUCACUGAAUGUCACUUUCGAUCCCUUAUUUGCAUAACUAUCUACAGUAUCUCCCUGCUGGCCCAGGGUGAGAACUUCAGUACAUAACAAGCACCACAAAGCAACAAAUAAGUUGGAAUGAUGUGUAGAUGGUCCAGCAUAAAUCCACCUCUGAUGUACUAUUAUUUCAUCAAUAGCAUGUCAUGGAAAAAAUGCAAGUGUAUUUACUCGCAUUAAGAUGUAGCAGAAGUUCCAGGGACCAAUUAGCUGCACAUUUGCAUGAUGCAUGAUGCUUAUGCAUCACUGGGGUUAAAUUCCCCUUUAUGGCAACCACUGCAGGGAAGAUAUUUCGCAAGAACUUAUAAGAGCUUCCCUUGAUAUUUAGCUUGAACUUCCUCUGCUGUGAAGAACCCAGCUUGAACGUCUGCUAGCUUUCUCUGAUUCCCUGUGAGAGCCCCAGGCUCAUGGCUCAGGCCAAAACCAACAGGCAUGCCUUCUCUCAGGGGCAUGUGCAGAGUUCCAGUUGAACUGCGCUUCUUGGAAACACCAGAUUCUCUCAAAUGAAAAUGUUCUUUCCCCCCACUCUGUUGCAACGAGUCUGCUAUUAGAUCCUUGGAGGCUUUGAGAGGACAGGAGUAGUAUUGUCUGCAGCAGAUGGCUUUGUUAUGCCACAUUGUUUCUGGGUUGCAAAGCUGCUGGCUCAGAAAUGAAGUCCCAUUAAUUGUCCAUCAUAAUUAGGCUAACAGCUUGGAAGCUCCUGUGUCUUGACUAUGUAUUUUUGGGGUAGUUCUGUAUUGUUAUUGUUAAACGCUGCUGAAACGAGCCUGCCUUCGUCCCGAGGAUUGUUUAGCAAGAGUUGCUUUCCCCCACCCAGGAGGAGCAAGGAUCACACAGCCGCUGUUUCCAUUCUUCAUAAAAGUGAAUUGUUCCUUGCUACCAAAGUAACCAAAAUUAGGGCACUGGGGGAAACGAUCAGAUAAGUAAUUGACGCAAUAAUUCAGAGUCUAAUCCGAUUAAGGAGAUUUGUAAGGAUCGGACCAUGUGCUCCUGAGGAGUUGUUUUUCUUGGGUGAUGGGACGGAAAACACCUGAGGAACAGAAGAAGGAUCAACAAAGCUGUAGCAGAGAGUGAAGACAAAGAGGACCACUCAUAAAAUGCAUCACAGGAGAAUAAUUAGUAUUGGUUAAAACUGGGCAAGUUCCUCCAAGGUGCAAUUUAUACAUCAUCCCAGACACUCUUAAGAGAAGAGACUGCAGAUUCUUCACUUGCUGGGUGAACACAGCUUCAUAAGUUGUGCUCUGCAAUGAUACGGCCACAAAUUAUGGCUAUUAUUAUUGUUGUUAUUAUUAUUUGAAUUUAUAUACCACCAUAUACCCAGGGGUCUCGGGGUGGUUCACAGAAUAAAAUCAAGAUAUAAAACCACAGAAUACAUAAUAAAAAUAAAAACAACACCCCAAUCACCGCCGCCCCCCAAUUUUUUAAUAGAUGCCCAUUUUAAAAUAGAGAGAUAGAUGCAAGAUCACAGGACAUCGGUUUGAAAUGAAAACUAUUGCCAUUAAAUCUAAUAGAUGCAAAGGACCGCCCAUGCCACCACAAAAACUAGCAUAGCUGUCAAGUGUCCCUUAUUUGAAGGGACAGUCCCUUAUUCCAGCGCCAUGUCCCGCUGCUGUCCCUUAUUGAUGGAUGUCCCUUAAAUGUCCCUUAAAUGAUGUCCCUUAAAUUUCAAAGGAAGCAGCUCCUCUCCCUGCUGGCCAGGGAGGAGGGAGGCUCCAACUGUGUUGCUUGGCUGUGUUGCUCACCCAAUAAGAAGUCUAAGAACGACUGGGGGGUGGAGCUUGCAUGCCUUGUAUGUGGCUAGUUAAUGCAAGCUGAGGGGGUUUUUGAAUGCUGGACGCCAUUUUGUUGCACAUGCUGCUGCAAACUUUGCAGUGCAAAGCCAGGCCGGGGAGCCAUCUUAAGUUGAGGCUGCAUAGGCCUUGUGGUGCACGUGAUUCAGAUUCUAGUCAGUUGAACCUCUGGUUACAAAGUUGGUUGGACAGUGUUCUCGAAGCUACCAGCAUGAGUUUGACCAGACUGCAGGAGGACAGGAAGACUGGAGUGCCUGGAACAGGUGAGGCUGCAGGUCCCUUAUUUUGGCUGCUGGUCCCUUAUUUUCAAAUCUGUAAGUUGACAGCUAUGAAAACUAGUCAGCUGUUAGGUAACAGUGUUGACUAUGGGAACAGUCAAAAAGACUGCAACCUCAAUCAUAAAGUGGCACGCAGAAUGUGCAGAACCGUUUCGGUGAAGCAAUUGUCCCAUCUGAUAAGGGCUAGACCAGGCAGGCAAAAAUCGGAUAACUUCUUGGAGUUAUGCUUUGUGUGGCUCAAAGCCAACUUGUUACCAAAGUUGGCUGCCACCCCCCCAUUCUCUGCCAAACGGUAGCAAAAUUCCAGGGGGUUCCAAGCAUUCACCCAGGGUUUGUGCUACUUUGAAGAACUGAAGAUGCGGCGGAGACUGCCGUAGCUUUAAGAAUUUUUUUUUAAAAAAUUAAUGUUGUUGCUUUUAUUAAAUUACUUCUUGUGUUAAUGAGAUUUGAAGUUUCUGAAUCUCUGGACUUCCCACCUUCCCCUCCAUGGGUUCUGUUGUUAAACCUUUUCUACUGCAUCUUUUUCAGUAAUCCAUGCUUUUUUAUAACUCCAUUAUCUCCAUAGUACAGUGGUACUUCGGGUUACAUACGCUUCAGGUUACAUACGCUUCAGGUUACAGACUCCGCUAACCCAGAAAUAGUGCUUUAGGUUAAGAACUUUGCUUCAGGAUGAGAACAGAAAUUGUGCUCCGGUGCCGCGGCAGCAGGAGGCCCCAUUAGCUAAAGUGGUGCUUCAGGUUAAGAACAGUUUCAGGUUAAGUACGGACCUCCAGAACGGAUUAAGUACUUAACCUGAGGUACCACUGUACUCGUUACAUUACAAGUGUUAUUGUAAUCCUGCUAAUGUUUUCAUCUGCUUACAGUGGUCUCCAAGAUAAAUUAUAAAAAAUUCCCCGUUCCUUGUGAAAGUUUUGGUCUUCUUGGUUCCUGAGCUUUCCGGUCAAUUUUGCCAUUUUGGCAUAGUCCAACAGUUUAAUUUGCCAUUCUUCACUGGUAGGGACUUUAUCUUCUUUCCAUCUCUGAGCUAGUAGCAUCCGUGCUGCUGUCGAAGAAAUAUUAUUUAUUCACCUUCAGUCUGCAUGGAGGGAGUCCAGAUCUUACAGCAUGGUCAUUUCAAGUGGGGCUUGUUCCCCAUAGCAGUGCAGCACUGGAGUCCAAUGCAUCUCUCCCAGCUAGCCUUCAGCCAGCCUGCCCAAGAUGGAUCUCAGUCUCUGUUCUUUCCCCUCUUCUUCCCAGCACACCUUCCUAAGGAUACUCUUUUCCCAUCACUUCACACACGCAUCUCAUCACCUUGGCAACCUCUGUCUGCCCAGGUCCAAGAUUCCUCUUAGAUGGGCCAUCGACACCUUAUGCCAGGGGUCAGCAACCUUUUUCAGCCAUGGGCCGGUCCACCAUCCCUCAGACCAUGUGGUGGGAUGGACUAUAUUUUUUGGGGGGGGAUGAACAAAUUUCUAUCGCCCACAAAUAACCCAGAGAUGCAUUUUAAAUAAAAGCACACAUUCUACCAUAGCUGUCAACCGUCCCUUAUUUGGCGGGAAAGUCCCUUAUCCCAGCGCUGUGUGCCGCUGCUGUCCUUUCUUGAUGAUGUCCCUUAAAUUUCCCGGGUUUCAAAGGAAGCAGCUCCUCUCCCUCCCUCCCUCCCGGCCAGGGAGGAGGGAGGCUCCAACUGUGCUGCUUGGCUGCGUUGCUCACCCAAUAAGGCGUCUAAGAACGACUGGGGGGUGGAGCUUGCAUGCCUUGUGCCGAUCAAAUCGGCCGCGAUGCCUGGGGACUCGCCUUUGCUCAGCGCUUCCCAGCGGAGAGGUGACGGUGGUUUCCCUUGCUGCAUCCCCUUUGCUGGGUUGCUGCGCUGUGGGAACCACAGCUUGAGCCUUUGUUUGGCUGCUGUCUGGGCUUUCUGCCUUUGGCUCGGAGGGGCUCAGAAGUCGAACAUACCUGUGUUCAGAAAAUCCCUUAUUUUGGCUUCUGAUCCCUUAUUUUCGAGGCUGCUGGUCCCUUAUUUUCAAAUCUGUAAGUUGAUAGCUAUGCAUUCUACUCAUGUAAAAACACCAGGCAGGCCCCACAAGAAACCCAGAGAUGCAUUUUAAAUAAAGGGACACAUUCUACUCAUGUAAAAACACACUGAUUCCCGGACCGUCCGCGAGCCGGAUUGAGAAGGCGAUUGGGCCGCAUCCGGCCCCUGGGCCUUAGGUUGCCUAGCCCUGCCUUAUGCCAUGUAAAUGCCUCUAACCCAGGAGAUCCCUGGCUCAGAAAGGAAACUUAGCUUGUGUUUUCCCACAUGCCUCUAAUCUUCCCUUCAAUACUCCAAAUAAUCAAAAUCCUACCAUUUAUUAAUUUGUAGGGUUUAGGGGGGCCCCACCCAAAAUCUAUAACAAUAUUUAAAAGCUCCCAGCGGGGUUUAGAUCUCAACAGGUGAAGAAAUUUGUUAAGGAAACAACUUGCCUAUCUUGCUCUGGGCCAUAAUGAAGGUUGUGUUACACCACACUUACUAGUUUAAAAUAAAAUAAAAAAAUCAGCCUCAUUCAACUGUGGCUUCCUAUUCUGGUUGUUUAAGAGAAGUUUAUAUAAAAAGGGGGAAAAACCUAAGGACUGUUAAUUAAUUGCAUGGUGCUUAUAAAAAUGAUUGGUGGUAUGGUAUGACUAGUGGAGCAGCAAUAAAACUGCUAGCACACCUGCAAAUCUAAGCAGGGUCUGAUAGGGUUUCUAGUUGGAUGGGGGACUGUGUCUUGAAAUUCCUGCAUUGCAGGGGGUUGGACUAGAUGACCCUCGGGUCCCUUUAAGCUCUAUGAUUUGAAAGUUAGUUAUUUUUAAAUUCUUCUAAUACGAAGCAGAAAAGUUGCUUCCCAUGCUGUGUCAGCCAACAGUCUUUGCUUUAUUGCUUGUGCAAGUUGCUUGACCUGAAGAAAAAAAGUGUCACUCAUUCUCUUAUAUAAAUAUACUUUAAGCCAGUGUGGUGUAGUGGUUAAGAGUGGUGGACUCAUAAUCUGGUGAACCGGUUCGCUUCCCCGCUCCUCCACAUGCAGCUGCUGGGUGACCUUGGGCCAGUCACACUUCUCUGAAGUCUCUCAGCCCCACGCACCUCACAGAGUGUUUUUUUGUGGGGGAGGAAGGGAAAGGAGAAUGUUAGCUGCUUUGAGACUCCUUCAGGUAAUGAUAAAGCAGGAUAUCAAAUCCAAACUCCUCUUCUUCUUCUUCUAUUAGCUACAGAACAGAAUAUUACAGAGUCUUUCCCCUCACUUACACUGAAGUGAGUCAGUGGGCAGAGUCAAAGGGCCUUUCUGUCACUGUCCGUUCAAAAUAUGGUCCACAUGAAAAGUGAAUUGCCAGUGUUAUCUGCCACAAUCAUCUAAUGUUACGUUGAGAUUUGGGGGGGGGGGUCAAGAAGGCAAUGGAACGGACAUCUUGUUUCCAACUGCGCAGCUCUUGUUCAAAAUCAUAGGGUUUUCUUUUUGUAAUAUUUUGAACCAAACCCCAGAGUGGCUGUACAGAUACAGCCCAUUAUGCAUUAAAUGUGUGUUGCUUUAUAAUGUUCCUGAAGGAGGCACAUUUGUCUAGCCUUUGCAGACAGAAGAAGCCACAUUGUUUUGUACUGAACAGAUAGAUUUUUUACAUUAGAUACUGUGUCGGUCUUGUUCUGGCUAUUAUGGGCAGCUUAGCCAGAGUCCUUUGGUUACAGAGUGGGAGGGGACUUUUCCAUACAAAGACUCCAGUCUGACCAGAGGCGUCCUGUACACCUUUCCCAUCCUGUACAGAAAGGGGUUUUCAGCAACUGCAAAUAUUUUAUGCAAGUUUGGGGUGGGGCAGAGACUGCAUCUGCCAAGGUCAUCUUCUGCAUAGCUGUUAGAUAGUCAGAGUGAACCUAAGCAGGUGUUGGUCUGUUGAGUUUCUGGAUGCAGACCUUCCAAGUGUCCCUGUUUUCCAGGGACAGUCCUGGAUUUACAGAAGCCAUCCUGGUUUCUGAUUUGGUCCUGGAAUUUCCCGCUUUUCCUUAAAGGUAAAGGUAAAGGGACCCCUGACCAUUUGGUCCAGUCGUGACCGACUCUGGGGUUGCGGUGCUCAUCUCGCUUUAUUGGCCGAGGGAGCCGGCAUACAGCUUCCGGGUCAUGUGGCCAGCAUGACUAAGCCACUUCUGGUGAACCAGAGCAGCGCACGGAAACGCCAUUUACCUUCCCGUCGGAGCAGUACCUAUUUAUCUACUUCCACUGGUGUGCUUUCAAACUGCUAGGUGGGCAGGAGCAGGGACUGAGCAAUGGGAGCUCACCCCGUUGUGGGGAUUCGAACCACCGAUCUUCUGAUCGGCAAGUCCUAGGCUCUGUGGUUUAACCCACAGCGCCACCCGCGUCCCGCUUUUCCUUAGGACAUCCUUCUUUUCCUCAGAAAAAUGUUGGUGGGUAUGGUAAGAUGUCCCUACUUCUAUCGGAGAAACGCUGGAGGGUAUGGAGUUACACAACCCCCAAGCCAUUUAAAAACUUCCCUAAACAGUGGUACCUUGGUUCUCAAACUUAAUCCGUUCUGGAAGUCCAUUCCAAAACCAAAGCGUUUCAAAACCAAUGCACGCUUUCCCAUAGAAAGCAGUGCAAAACAGAUAAAUCUGUUCCAGAGUUUUAAAAGCAACCCCUAAAACAGCAAUUUAACAUGAAUUUUACUAUCCAACGAGACCAUCGAUCCAUAAAAUGAAAGCAAUAAACAAUGUACUGCAAUCACACAACCAAUCCAUCAGUAGCUGAACUGGGUUCUACGCAGUCACAAAAACAGAACAAAAAAAGAGCCACAAAAACACAAAAUAAAUAGCAAAACCAGACAGACACUCAAAACAGAAGUGUGGCACUGAAAAUGGAGCAAAAAAAAAGUUCACAAACGGGAACACUUGCUUCCGGGUUUGCAGUGUUUGGGUUCCAAGUUGUUUGAGUACCAAGGCAUUUGAGAACCAAGAUACCACUGUACAGGGAUGCAUUCAGAUGUCUUCUAAAGGUUGUAUAGCUCAGGGGUUGUGUGGCUCAGGGGACGCUUGGAGGGUUUGUUCUCAAUUUUUUAAUGAGGGACUCUGCUUCCUGCCACAAACCCUAAUGGUGCACAUUGCGCCUUGUGUUCCCAGGAUAGGAUGUACUGCAGGAAAACAGGUUUUGCAAACACACACACCCCUCCAGCAGCAGAAACCGAUGUGAUUUACCAGCCCGUAGAAAGGAGCAAAAUGUCGGGUGGCCUGUGACUACCUGCCCUUCUUGUGCAUUUCCCCACAGAAGGGUGCUCUUUGGAUGCAAUUGACGUGCUUGCUGCAGUUCCCACGCUGACAAGGCCGGGUUGCGUGAUGUCUGCGUCCAAAUGGCAACUGACGUGUUUCUAACAAUCGGCGUGGCUAAUGCAAGGGAUUGGCUCCGAUGGGAUUUCACAGUUCUCGACGCUCCUGUCCUUGAAAUGAUGGAAAAGCAUCAUGUGCCUUCAGUUGGCAAUUAUCACAGGCAGUGCAUCUCUCGGCCCAUCACAAAAGCUUUUAAGCUUGUCAGCUAUAGCUUUAGGAUUCCCACCCCACCCCACCCCCCACCUUCCUAAGGUCUGUUUUGCAAGCCUGGUUUUUUUAAUGAACAUUUGUUCUUCGGGGAGAGAGAGGGCAUGAUGUGGCAAGAAAGUGGUUCUUUCCUGCUUAAAGUAUAUGUAUUACAUUUAAGCACUUCUGCUAGAAGGAGAUCGUUUAAGGAACCCAGGGUCAUUGGGAAGUUCUGUGUUGGUUUUUUGCAAGGGCAGUGAGCGGGGAUGGAGGAGGAAUUUGAUUCGGUAUGCAUUUAAAGCCAACUCUGUCAAACUUGGACUUUCCAAAACAAUAUAAGAACCGAAACACAGCUAUCCUUCAAAAUUCUCACUCCUCCGAAUUUUGCAAUGCACUUCUGCAACCAAACAAUAAUUACAAAAAUGAAUAUAUAUUAAGAAGCAGAUACAUAGCUGUCAACUUACAGAUUUGAAAAUAAGGGACCAGCAGCCUCGAAAAUAAGGGAUCAGCAGCCAGAACAGACAGUGGGGCAGAUAGCAUAGUCUGUGGCAGAAGAUGAACUGCAGAGGAAUAGAAACAGGGCUGCCUGUGGUGAAGUGGAGUGCAGAAUGAUUCCUUUCUCCAUCUCUAGUCGCAACCUAGCAAAGGAAUUGACCAAGCAUAAGCUGUGCAGCUCUCAUUUGCUCUCUCAUUGCAAUGCUCACUGAGACCUAAAUGUUCUUUUCAUCGGGAGCCAUAGAAACUGAAGGCGACUAGUUGUGUGUGCCAGUAGAACAGGAGCGGCUAAGCUCUGAUCCUCCAUCAUCCCUGACCAAUGGCAAUGCUGGUUGGGGCUGAUGGAAGCUGAGCAGAAUAGCAUGUGCAGGUUCCUCAUCCCUGCACUAGAACAUCAGUGGAGACUGUUAUGUACUGAAGUUCUCACCCUGGGCCAGCAGGGGGAUACUGUAGAUAGUUAUGCAAAUAAGGGAUCGAAAGUGACUUUCAGUGAUUGGAUAGUUUUAGAAAAUUGUUACAGUUACAUUGUACUGGAGCUCUAUAUUAGCAGGCUGACUGAACCCUUCAGUUCAGUUCAGUUCUGUCCUGGCCUGUGAAUAAACAAGAGCUGUUUGAAGAAUCGCUGUGUCGUCUGAUAUGUUCACCCACAACUUAACACAGACAUUCUGUUGUUCCUUUUUUAAAGUUGUGACACAGGCAAUAAUUGCGAGUAUAUUCAGCUUAUGCUUGAUUUCAGGGCAUCCAACGGUCUUGAGUUGCAGUAGGGGUAAGAAAAUUAAGGAGGCACAUGUGUUUUACCCCCAAGGUAAAGGACCCCCGGUCAAAGGCGACUAUGGAGUUGUGGUGCUCGUCUCGCUUUCAGCCUGAGGGAGCUGGGGUUUAUCCACAGACAGCUUUCCGGGUCAUGUGGCCUGCAUGACUAGACCACUUCUGGUGCAAUGGGACACCGUGAUGGAAACCAGAGUGCACAGAAAUGCCUUUUACCUUUCCACCACAACAGUACCUAUUUAUCUACUUGCACUGGUGUGCUUUCAAACUGCUAGGUUGGCAGGAGCUGGGACACAGCAACAGGAGCUCACCCGAUCCUGGGGAUUUGAACCAUCGACCUUCUGAUCAGCAAGCCCAAGAGGCUCAGUGGUUUAGACCAUAGUGCCACCCACGUCCCUCCACCAUACUAGAAUACUAAUAUUUGUAUAGCACAAAAAGGGGAGAAUAUCCUAGACCCAUGUUCUACUGAAAGUCUUGUCUGAAUUAUCACAUACUUCUCAUCUUCUUGCACAGGCAGAAAGGCAGAUGAACCAAUGUCCCAAACACUAAGCAAGAGGUAGCAUCCAGAGGCGCGAGCCAAUCUCACAAAAUGCGAAGCACGUGAACAACUCCGCUGGGUUAAAGCCAACAUUAAGUACACACACGUAAGUCUCGCGGCGCGGUUGGAUUCAGUUUAUUCAUUUGGGUUCUGAGUCAGAUCAUUCAUCCUGGGGGAGGGCAGAAAAGCCCAAAGCAAACAGAAGUCAUGCUACCUUUUAACCACAGCAAGUUUGGAACGAUCAUGACAGGUUGAUCAAUAGCUGCUGAAGUGCUGAGCUCUCUUCCUUUGCAGGCAUGUGCACUUAAUUCAGCAGCUUGUUUCAUCCAGGACUGCACUUUUUUUGCAUAACUUUGGCCUAAACCUUAGGCCCUAAAGAAAGCUCUAGAAAGGGAGGAGCCAUUUUGGCCCAGCUGUGCAUUUCAGAAAAGUUAACGGUUUGCUAUGAAUGUGCCUUUCUGGACUAUUUAUUUCCUCGCAGCUACCACAGAGGAAGCAAACCAUGGUCCCUGGCUUAGCAUUGUGUUUGAACUCAGGAUUGUGGUUUGUUUCACUCCAACAAACCAUGGUUGGCAAGCCAAGAACAAACGCAAGCUACAGAUUGUGGUUUGUUGAGAGUGAAACAAACCAAAAAGCCCUGAUUCGGAUACAGUCCUGGUUUGCUUCCUCUGUGUAUUAGCAGGGGAAAGCGACAGCCUAGAAAGGCACAAACAUGGUGCACCAUUAACCAUGGCUGGCCACAACGUACAAAUGAGGCCUGUAUGGGGGUUGCAUGGGUCAGUGGGCUACACUAUAUGGUUACACACCAUCCCAAUCUCUCAGUGGUGCGAGAUUCCAGGAGUCUAGGUGUUUAUCCAGCGUUUGUAUUUCCUUUGGAAAUGAGGCAGUGGAAACUGUGGUGUCUUUAUGAUAUAUGGUUUAUUUACACUUAUAUAUACAACCUGAGCCAAUGAUGGAGGGGCCCACAGCAUUACACUCCAAUAGGUUCUUGCUUUUCCCAUGGCCACAGUCUUGGAUGCCAGCAGAAAUCGGAAAGGCCCCCUGUCCCCCUGCUCAGCUUUCUGCAUUUAACCAACACUUUUUCUGUCUAUCCUAUAUCUCAGCCAACUCUGCUUUUUCCCUGCGAACUACCCCCCAGGGAAAGGGGAGGCUUACUGCCACCCAGCACAGAGUAUCUCCUUGUUAAUCGCCUAUUACCUCUUUUUUUUAUUCUCCCUAAUGGCUCUUCUCCAGAGUGAUUUCCAGAGCACAGAAAAUCUCGUUUGGUCUGUAUUUUGACACUGCUAAAUUCGGCAUCUAGCAGCCCAUUUCAGUACUCCAAGCAAUGAUUAAACCCCAACACUCACUAGACCUAGGAAUUUAGCAUAGAAUCUGGCACCCGGGAAUUUAGGGGAGUCAAGGCACCCACAAACUCAUACCAUUAUAUUACGCAAGUAUCUACGUGUGAUUUGCUCACUAUAUUUAACAACAAUGCGGUUUCUACAUGGGAAUAAUAGAAGAUGGGAUGAACUUUUCUGUGCUUUCCACACACACACACACAAACUUAAGUAACUGAAGCUCACCUCUACGUUAGAAAAAUGAGGCACAUUUUCAUGCUCUGUAACUUACAUUAACAGUGGAAUGCAUAAGAAUGUAAGAUCACGCCUGCUGGAUCAGAUCAAAGGCCCAUCUAGCUCUGCAAAGGGAAUAGGUAAAGGCAAAGAUACCCCUGACCAUUAGGUCCAGUCGUGGCCGACUCUGGGGUUGCGGUGCUCAUCUCACUUUAUUGGCCGAGGGAGCCAGCGUACAGCUUCCGGGUCAUGUGGCCAGCAUGACUAAGCCGCAUCUGGCGAACCAGAACAGCACACGGAAACGCCAUUUACCUUCCCACCAGAGUGGUACCUAUUUAUCUACUUGCACUUUGAUGUGCUUUUGAACUGCUAGGUUGCCAGGAGCAGGGACCGAGCAACGGGAGCUCACCCCGUUACGGGGAUUCAAACCGCUGGCCUUCUGAUCAGCAAGUCCUAGGCUCUGUGGUUUAACCCACAGCGCCACCCGUGUCCCUGCAAAGGGAAUAGGGCUCUCUUAACAACUGUUAGCUCUCUUAAACCACAGUUCCCAGGAUUCUUUGAGAGAAGUAAUGACUGUUCAAAGUGGUACGGUACUGCUUUAACUGUAUGGUGCAGAUGGAGCCUCAGUGUAGCAUGGGAAUGAAUGAAAAGGACCAGAGAACAUUUUGCCUUCAGAGUGUUUUACUAGAUACUCACGGCUCCCAGAAGUUCAAUAUUCUUGCUUGUUUGUUUAUCUGACUCAGGAAGUUUACCACCUAUGAGAAACUUGAUUUGCUGAGAAAAUUAGAAAGGAGGAUAUUAAUUUAAUGCCCUGUGUCAUUCAGUAUAAACUGCUGUGGAAAUGCCUUAUCAGCUUCCUCUUCCAGAUAGCGUUUCCCUUGGUUUUUGUAACCAUAGCAAUCUCAGUGCUUGUAUUCAUUUGACUUGCAUCUUUGUGCAGCACGACUCUUAUCAUGUUCUAAAUGGAGCCUUGUUUUCUAAUGAACUGGGGUGGUAGGCAAAUAAAUUUGACUCACUCAAUGAGAAAAUAACAUUCUAAAGAAAAAAUGUUCAUCAACUGUAGCUCAGAAGGCUCCACUGUAAAGCCACGAAUACGGGUAAAUGGAAUUGUCCAAAAGGCGGUUGGUGAAACAAAGAUCUUGCCUGCCUCUGAAAUACCUAUGCUAGGAGAGGAUAUAUUUAAAACCAUAAUCACCCAAACAGCCUUGUAAAAAGGUGAAAAAAUAACAUUUACUCACUCAUAGUUUCUGUUGCAGAAUAUCAGAUACAGCAGCUUUGUUCAGGCAGGCUUAAAAUGGUAAUUCAGUUUCAAAGACAUGCUUAAAUCUGGUUGAAGAUGGUGUCUGAGCAGUUAAACUCAGAUAUGCAGAUUGUUCUGACAUUUCUGGCUUGGCGUUGAGAUGAAGAGGUAAGAGUGAAGAGAGGUAACAAAGGAUGUGCCCACGCGGGCAGGGCCAGAUUUAGGUUUGAUGAGGCCCUAAGCUACUGAAGGUAAAGGAGCCCGUUAUACGUCCAGCUGUCCUUUGCCAACAACAAAUUGUCACUGUUUCUUGUGUUGAAUAUAUGCUAUAUGGUAAUUUAUGGACCUAAUAGGUAUCUAAAGCCAUUUGCACAUGUAGCCAUGCAACCAGUCCAUGCAGAAUGUAGGCACCCUAUAUGUAGAAAUGAGCAAACCAGUGAUGUUUUAGGGAGCAGGCUAGCAGGCGGAGCCCAUUACUUACAUAAUAGGAGCAUACACAACACAAAACACUGUUGCUGUAUGUAGGUUUUAAUUUUAUCUUGUAUUUUGGAAAUGUACAUCCAGGUGUUUUUUUCCUAUAAAUUUUUUAGGGGCCCCCCAGAGAGUGGGGCCCUAAGCUAUAGCUUGUUUAGCUUAUACAUAAAUCCAGCACUGCACACAAGGAGAAUAUUUAUAUGGCUACGCCCUUCCCCUGUCAGGGCACAAUGGGAGUUCUCUCUAGCAAACUUACAGGAAAGCUCCGAGCUUCAGCUCCUAUCAUGUGCCUAUCUAGAAAACAUGCAUUGUUGGUUUGACGUCACAGUAAAUAUCCCACAUGUGUUGCUUCGAGGCAAUAUGUAAAUAGAGCUAUUGCUUAUACCAGGAGGGGCUAGCAUGGCACUUUUCAGUUGCUCCUGAACUACAGUUCCCAUCAUCCCUGACCAUUGGCCAUGCUGGCUGAGGCUGAUGAGAGUUGGAGUCCCACAACAUCCAAUGGACACCAUGUUGUCUUAGGCAGAGUGUGCUGGGCCUGAGGGUAACCCGUGAAACACGGUCCAGGACCAGUCGAGAAUCCAAAGGUUCUGCUAGGAGUCAAUCCGACAGGGCCAAGGCAGGACAUGAGGCAGGAAACCAGGCAAGGACAGGUACAGGAUCUAGCAUACAGCAAUGUUGCUCCCGCAACCUGGGGCGGGGUCCGACAGCCUUUUAUCUUUGUCGGGGUAGCGGCCAGUCCUGAUCCCCCAGCCACUCGCCUCCCUGUUUCGCCCGAAGGUGAGCACUCCUCCCGCGAGUACUCAGGUCUCUCCUUCUCUCAGACCUGAGUCUCUGCAGCUCGGGAGACGUCAGUGGGUUACUAGACCCAGGGGUCAGCUCAGUCUCCCCUGACCCAACUGGUAGUGGAGCAGCUGUAAGUGAUGGCCCAGCUGAAGGCAGCGAGAUAAUCCCCGCAUCUGGAGCCAGGGCAGGCUCCGGCCCCUGACUCGGCCCAGCUGGUGUUUGUUGCAGGGGAACCUGUGCAGACUGGGACUCUUCAGGGUCAGGCCCCAGACUUGGUUCAGAUGAUGCCUGAGGCAAAGGAUCCGAUGCAGACUGAGUCUCCUCUGGUUCUGAGCCCGAGCCCAAGUCCCAGGCCAUCACACAGAGCCAAUCAAGGGCAAGAGGUAAUGCUUGCUUAAUGAUAACUAGCCAAGUGUGAGUCUUGCAAGCUGCCCAUUCAAUUCAGUAUGGGUUUUGCAAGUAGUUUCCUGGCAGACUCUUUGAGUCCGAUCUGUCUGUCUUCCCAUCUGCAGCCUUAAUGACCCACCUGAGACAGCCACCCCAUAGCGGAGCCGUCAGUUCUCUCCUUGGGUCAGCCAAUUUCUCUAAUUAGCUAGAGUUUUCAAAGCAGCAAUGGGCUUUGUUUCCAUUACGGUCUCUUCAUGCACCCAGGACACAGUGUAUGUUUCCAUACUGAACACUCAUCAAAGACACUCAUCAAAGAACUUGUUCUCUCUCGUAAGACAUCCCAGCAAAGAACAUUUUCAGCCUUCCUGGAAGAAACUGGAUGUAUGCAUAUUUACGGAGAACAAAUACUUCGUAAAACUUUCCCCUCUGGGUUUUGGUCCUCUGAAGUACCAUCCUGCAAUGCAUCUUAGACAUUCAUAAUAAAGACUUGAGGCAAUUAACAUCCAGCAGUUAUUCUCCGGGUUAUACUCCUCUCCCCUUCGCUCUCAUGCUUGCCUUAUUCUAGCCAGCUUUUGGAAGCACCCGGAUCUAAGCUAGAACUUCCGAGGGCUGAACUUGAGCAGAUGCUAACCAGCAAUAGAAAGAAAGUUGCAGGUUCCCUCUGGGUGUUACUGUACUUCACCUCUCAGCAGACCAAGUCAAUAUGACCAAUGGUCAGGGAUGAUGGGAGUUUAGGUCCAACAAUAUCUGAAGUAUACCUGAAGGAGCGUCUCCACCCCCAUCGUUCAGCCCAGAAACUGAGGUCCAGCUCUGAGGGCCUUCUGGUGGUUCCCUCACUGUGAGAAGUGAAGCUACAGGGAACCAGGCAGAGGGCCUUCUCGGUAGUGGCACCUGCCCUGUGGAAUGCCCUCCCAUCAGAUGUCAAGGAAAUAAACAACUAUCUGACUUUUAGAAGACAUCCGAAGGCAGCCCUGUUUAGGGAAGUUUUUAAUGUUUGAUGUUUUAUCGUGUUUUUACUAUUCUGUUGGGAGCUGCCCAGAGUGGCUGGGGAAGCCCAGCCAGAUGGGUACGGUAUAAAUAAUAAACUGUUGUUGUUGUUGUUGUUGUUGUUGUUGUUGUUGUUGUUGUUGUUAGCCAUGGGUUCCCUAUCCUUGCUGUAGAACUGGACCCUGAACCCUCCUUCAAGCAAAUCUGUAGGGACUGUGGCCUCAGAUUACCUCUUCCCAGGGAACUCUGGGAAGUGUAGUUCCAUGAUGGGAAGAGGGGUCUCCUAACAACUUUCAGCACCCUUGGCAAACUACAGUUCCCAUGAUUCUUUGCAGAAGACCAAGGCUGUUUAAAGUGAUGUGAUACUGCUUUGGACGUAUAGUGCAGAUGGGGCCUAAGCAUUUUGGCUGAAAUAAUUAUUUAAAUCCAGUCUCCCCCAGCUCAAACUCAACACACUGGCUCCCUAGUUAGAGAUCAUUCUUAGAAAAAGAUUGCUUUCUCCCUCCCAUGCUUCCAAAUUACUUUAUGCAUGCCUACCUUUAAAAAGAGUUUGGAACUCAUUAUCUACACACCGAUAACUUCUGCUUUUACGUUUACAGAGAUAGGUCUUAGUAAUAACUCUUAACAAAACCUUGCACAUGAAGAAUAUUUCUGUAACAGAAAGGAAUGUGGGGUCUCCUUGCCUGAAGACUCCAAAAGUGAACCUUCUUGGAGAAAAUCCAAUGAAUUCUUGUCAUCUGAUAAAGACAUCCUAUGUCCUUUUAAAAUGUGGUUUUUGGGGGGCAGGGGGCUAUUGAGUUGUUGUUUUUAUUUUUAUUAGGUAUUUUGUGGUUUUAUAUCUUGAUUUUAUUCUGUGAACUGCCCUGAGACCCCCGGGUAUAGGGUGGUAUAUUAAUAAUAAUAAUAAUAAUAAUAAUAAUAAUAAUAAUAGGGAUGGCAUAUUUCUUGCACAGGUAA